GUGUAGGGUUCGACUUGUGUUUUAAAAAAAAAGUUGUGCCCCGACUGCACGGAAACGUUAGCAGAGUGAAUUCGAUAGGGAUAACAGUUACAGGAACUGUGCCUGCACGGGGAGUUAGAGAGGUGUUUCAAUUAAGGUUGUGUCCCUUGACAGGUAAGUUUUCUGGUGGACCUGUGCACCAUACAUUACGUUUCUUUGAUUGUACAACGAUUUUCUAACUCUGACUGAUGUGUAGAUUUUCUAUCUCUGACUGUGUAGGUGUUCUAACUCUGACUGUGUAGGUGUUCUAACUCUGACUGUGUAGGUGUUCUAACUCUGACUGUGUAGGUGUUCUAACUCUGACUGUGUAGGUGUUCUAACUCUGACUGUGUAGGUUUUCUAACUCUGACUGUGUAGGUGUUCUAACUCUGACUGUUAUGUAGAUGUUCUAACUCUGACUGUUGUGUAGAUGUUCCUUCGCUGACUGUGUAGAUGUUCUGACUCUAAUGUUGUGUAGAUGUUCUAAAUCUGACUGAUGUGUAGAUGUUCUAACUUUGAAUGUUGUGCAGAUGUUGGAGCCAAACUAAAAUUGGGUACGACUUUUAAAGUGUUUUUUUUAGGGGGUGGGGAGUUGUGACUAUAAAUUAAGGGGAGGGGGGUGAAGGAAAAGCGGGAGGAGGGGUGUUAUUUAUUUUAAGGUGUCAUUUUCUGUCCACUUCUGUAAGAUGAUUAAAGAAUGAGCCUCAUAAUGUAUAAACGAUUUAAUUAGCAUGUAAACUAAUAUCAAUAUAACAUGUAAUUAUUAAAAAGAACUUUGAUACAAUUAAGUACCAAGCGUAAAGCGAUGCUAGGAAGGCCAUGACGUUUGCUGUGUAUAUCUUUGAGAUGUCGAUGACGCUUGUUGUGUGCAGAUUUCAGAUGUCAAUGACACUUGCUGUAUACAGCCUUGAUAUGUCAAUGCCGUUUGCUGUGUAUAGCAUUGAGAUGUCAAUGACGCUUGCUGUGUACAGCUUUGAGAUGUCAAUGACGCUUGCUGUGUAGAGCAUUGAGAUGUCAAUGACGCUUGCUGUGUACAGCUUUGAUAUGUCAAUGCCGCUUGCUGUGUAGAGCAUGGAGAUGUCAAUGACGCUUGCUGUGUACAGCUUUGAUAUGUCAAUGCCGCUUGCUGUGUAGAGCAUUGAGAUGUCAAUGACGCUUGCUGUGUGCAGCUUUAAGAUGUCAAUGAAGCUUGCUGUGAAGAGCUUUGAGAUUUCAAUGACGCUUGCUGUGUAGAGCAUUGAUAUGUCAAUGACGCUUGCUGUGUACAGCUUUGAGAUGUCAAUGCCGCUUGCUGUGAAGAGCUUUGAUAUAUCACUGACGCUUGGUGUGUAAAGCUUUGAGAUGUCAAUGACGCUUGCUGUGAAGAGCUUUGAGAUGUCAAUGACGCUUGCUGUGUAGAGCUUUGAGAUGUCAGUGACGCUUGCUGUGAAGAGCUUUGAGAUGUCAGUGACGCUUGCUGUGUAGAGCUUUGAGAUGUCAGUGAUGCUUGCUGUGAAGAGCUUUGAGAUGUCAGUGACGCUUGCUGGGUACAGCUUUGAAAUGUCAAUGACGCUUGCUGUGUACAGCUUUAGGAUGUCAAUGACGCUUGUUGUGUAUAGCUUUAAGAUGUCAAUGAUGCUUGUUGUGUAUAGAUUUGAGAUAUCAAUGAUGCUUGGUGUGUACAGCUUUGAGGUGUAUUGACGCUAGCUGUGUAGAGCUUUCAGAUGUCAAUGACGCUUGCUGUGUACAUCUUUGAGAUGUCAAUGCCGCUUGCUGUGUACAGCUUUGAGAUGUCAAUGCCGCUUGCUGUGUACAGCUUUGAGAUGUCAAUGCCGCUUGCUGUGUACAUCUUUGAGAUGUCAAUGACGCUUGCUGUGUACAGCUUUGAGAUGUCAAUGCCGCUUGCUGUGUACAGCUUUGAGAUGUCAAUGCCGCUUGCUGUGUACAUCUUUGAGAUGUCAAUGACGCUUGCUGUGUACAUCUUUGAGAUGUCAAUGCCGCUUGCUGUGUACAGCUUUGAGAUGUCAAUGCCGCUUGCUGUGUACAGCUUUGAGAUGUCAAUGCCGCUUGCUGUGUACAGCUUUGAGAUGUCAAUGACGCUUGCUGUGUACAGCUUUGAGAUGUCAAUGCCGCUUGCUGUGUACAGCUUUGAGAUGUCAAUGCCGCUUGCUGUGUACAGCUUUGAGAUGUCAAUGACGCUUGCUGUGUACAGCUUUGAGAUGUCAAUGACGCUUGAUGGGUACAGCUUUGAGAUGUCAAUGACGCUUGUUGGGUACAGCUUUGAGAUGUCAAUGCCGCUUGCUGUGUACAGCUUUGAGAUGUCAAUGACGCUUGUUGGGUACAGCUUUGAGAUGUCAAUGCCGCUUGCUGUGUACAGCUUUGAGAUGUCAAUGCCGCUUGCUGUGUACAGCUUUGAGAUGUCAAUGACGCUUGCUGUGUACAGCUUUGAGAUGUCAAUGACGCUUGAUGGGUACAGCUUUGAGAUGUCAAUGACGCUUGUUGGGUACAGCUUUGAGAUGUCAAUGCCGCUUGCUGUGUACAGCUUUGAGAUGUCAAUGACGCUUGUUGGGUACAGCUUUGAGAUGUCAAUGCCGCUUGCUGUGUACAGCUUUGAGAUGUCAAUGCCGCUUGCUGUGUACAGCUUUGAGAUGUCAAUGACGCUUGCUGUGUACAGCUUUGAGAUGUCAAUGACGCUUGUUGGGUACAGCUUUGAGAUGUCAAUGCCGCUUGCUGUGUAAAGCUUUGAGAUGUCAAUGCCGCUUGCUGUGUACAGCUUUGAGAUGUCAAUGACGCUUGCUGUGUACAUCUUUGAGAUGUCAAUGACGCUUGUUGGGUACAGCUUUGAGAAAUUAGGCGGUAACAAGCUCAUUUAUCCUACUAAUUAACACAUUACAUUGAGAGGGGGGAGGGGGUUGUGACGGAGCUCACUCCCCACGUGUCUUCUUAAGAGGACCCCACAGUCGUUAUUUUAAUGCAAAAUAUGGGCAUUACACAAUUACUUUAGAAGAGGGCGCCUAAAUCAAGCUUUACCCUAGGCUUAGAUUUUGCGUACCACAUUCCCAAAAAAUAAAAUAAAUUAUAUUUGUUAAUUACAAUUUUGGAAUCUUUAAUACGUGAACUAUUUGUUUUGACCUCACUCUUAAUUUUUAAAACGGUUUGCGCAGUGACCUUGUUAGAAAUUGUCGUAGCUGGAACAAACAACACCAUUUUUUUCAGACAUGACGCUGAGAAUCCUUCAAAUCUGAGAACCACCAAUUAAGCGGAUAUAGUUUAUACGGAUAAUUUUGAGAUAACGUACUAAGAGGUCGCGUUAAUGCAUGACAUUUUUUAGAUAAUGUGCACAGUUUUAUUUAAGAUACGAGUGAUUUGUUGAAAUCCCAUGGUGCUAUCAGGGUUCUAUCAUGGUGCUAUCAUGGUGCUAUCAUGGUGCUAUCAUGGUGUUAUCAAUGAAUUGCUGGGUAUAAACGCGAUAUUUAAAUGAAUUUUGUGAGUCAUUAUGUGCAACUAUAUACAAAAUACCAUGGGCUGGGAUCGUAACAAUUUAUCUGCCCUUGAAUCAACCUAGAGAGGGAGAUAAGAGGGGGCAUUGGGGUGAGCGAUAAGGGGUCUUCGCGGGUGGGUCUCUCGUACCCCGAUUGAAUUGUGACAUCGCAUUGAAAUUUCACCUCCGGACUAUCUCCUUCAUUCCUGCCCAAAACUGUCUCGAGGUGGAGGAGGUAUUGCUGUUCUUACAGGAGCUCCCUCAAGAAUAUUGUGGCGUUCUCAAAAUCAGACCAGUUUGUUUCAUUUGAGAUAUGCAAGAUGCAACUUAAUUAUUGUGACCAAGCGAUUACUCUUCUAUGCAUAUACAGGCCACCUCCCAAUAAGCGAAAUAAGUUGAAGGCCUCCCAGUUUACUGCUGAAUUUAUAAAGCUCCUAGACACGUACGCCUCUACAAAUAACAACGUCAUCAUAAUAGGUGACACCAAUUGCCACUUUGAUUCCACCACUGACAGCUAUGUGAAGACUCUGAAAUCAGCUCUUGACACAUACAAUAUGAUCCAGCUUGUCAGUGUCCCGACACAGAAGAGGGGUCACAUCCUGGAUUGGCUUGUUGUCAGAGAGGACCACGCAGCAUUCAUCCGCAACCUCCUUAUUGAAGAUAAAAUGAUAUCUGAUAACUUUGCCAUAUUCUUUGACCUAGACUUGAAGAAGUCAGGGCGCCCUCUGCGCACAGUCACAUCUCGUAACCAGCAACAAAAUUGAUCUAGUGGCCUUCAUAUGCGACGUCACCGCCCUCAGGUGCAGUGAAAAAGACCCCGCUACAUACUACAACAGUGGCCUCAGAGUCAUUUUAGACAAAUGCACCAAUGACCACACGGCGCGUUACGGACCGCCCUUCCACCCCAUGGCUCACGCCCGAAAUUAAGGAAGCGAAGCAGAAGCAGCGACGUGCAGAACGCCAAUGGUGGAAGUCGGGCUUGACCGUGCACCGACAAAUCUUUUUCGACCAAAGGGAACGAACCAAAAAGUUGGUCCGUGCAGCUAGGACAGAGCAUGUUAGUCAUCAGAUUAUAGACAGCAGCUCAAGCAAGGAUCUAUUUCGCAUUGUGGGGUCAGCUGACCGGUAAAAACAAGUCUACAUCUCUGCCAAAUAACAUUGCUGUAGAAGAGCUGCCAGACUCUCUAAAUGACUACUUUAUUACAGCAGAGGAUCAGAGCGAAACUUGACAGUUGCACCGAUACUGCUCCAGAAUUCUCAACCUUCAACGGCUCUUCUAUGGUUGAAUUUGUUGAGGUCAGUGAAUCGAAUGUGAGGAAAAUCCUUGCUGAUACACCAAGAAAGUCAUGUUCGCUUGACCCUCUUCCAGCAGCGCUCUUGUAUGAAUGUCUGAAUGAAAUAGUCCCCCAUCAUCAUUUGUAUCAUAAAUCAGUCCUUAGCUACUGGUAUUGUCCGAUCAUCUUUUAAAGAGGCGAUCGUCACUCCGCUAUUAAAGAAAUCAAAUCUUGACCCAAAUGUGAUGGAAAAUUAUCGCCCCAUCUCAAAUCUACCAUUUAUAUCCAAAAUAUUUGAUAAAGUCGUUCUCCGCCAACUCCUGGAUCACCUCAUUCAAUAUGACUUGUUUGAACCUUUCCAGUCAGCAUACAGGGCGCAUCACUCUACUGAUACAGCCCUGUUGCGAAUCGUAAACGACCUUCUGUCGUCUUGUGAUGAGGGCCAGGUGUCGAUUUUGUCUUUACUCGAUCUAUCGGCAGCUUUCGAUACGCUUGAUCAAUGCAUACUGCUCCAGCGUCUGCAAAAAACGUUCGGUCUCACUGAUACCAUCCUGAGUUGGUUCCGAUCAUAUCUAACUAAUCGGGUCCAGUAAGUUAUUUCAAACGGCCUGACCUCAAAGAAAUCUAAUAUCGAAUUCGGAGUACCCCAGGGCUCGGUCCUAGGCCCGGUGCUUUUCACGAUGUACAUUCAGCCCCUGGGUGCAGAGAUCAAGCAGUUUGACAUGCAAUACCACAUGUUAGCAGACGACAUCCAACUUCAUCAAUCCGUGAUCCCCUCUCAGCUCCCUAAGCUGCUCAGUAUGACACAAAAGACAGUGGAAUCAGUUAAGUUCUGGAUGACCAUAAACAAGCUCAAAUUGAACGAUGAUAAGACUGAGCUGCUCCCCAUUGCGACCGCUCAGAAGCAAAAAAUCUGCAAAUAACACGACAUCAAUUACUCUCUAAGGUGUCAGUAUUGAGUUAGCUCAAACAGUGUGGUACCUGGGUGUCUACCUAGACAGAAGACUAACCUUGGAAAGUCACAUUAACAUGCUAUGCAAGGCGAUUUUUCUGGAGCUGCGCAGGAUUAGUCACAUCAGGCCCUUCCUAACAAUUGAUGCAACAAAGAGGUUGAUGUCUGCAUUUGUGCUAUCACGCAUGGACUAUUGCAAUGCUCUCAUGGUUGGUCUUCCAGCUACGCUCCUAGAUAAAAUUCAAAUAGCACAGAAUAAUGCGGCUCGCAUUGUUCUCCGCAAACGUAAGUUCGACAAUGCAAAAACACUUCUGAGAGAGUUGCAUUGGCUGCCGGUGCGUGCUCGCAUAGAGUACAAAAUCGCAAAGUUGUGCUACCGCUGCUUACAUGACCUGGCGCCGUCCUAUCUGAAAGAGCUGCUGACGCCUUAUGUACCCACUAGAGAGCUCCGCUCAUCCGACAGUGGCAAACUCUCCACACCACGUGUUCGCCUUGAGACUUAUGGAAAGCGUACUUUCGCAUUUGCUGGUCCAACAAUUUGGAACGCCCUUCCUGUCAAUCUCAGAAACAAUCAGACACUGGCAUCCUUAAAAACCGAUUUAAAGACACAUUUACUUCGCAAACAUCUUUUGGGAUGAUUGUCUACCAUAUUUUCCAUUUAAUGCAUAUGGGCUGUGUUGCUUAGGGUUGAAAUGGCUAGAAAGACUUUCUUUUGGUUUGCUUGUAAUUAGUUUUUGUAGUGUUGCGUUUGUUUUAAAUGUGGUAAAUUUUUUGUACCGCGCUUCGAGCCUUUAGGGAUGAAGCGUGUUUUUGAAAUAAACUUUAUUAUUAUUAGCUUAGGAACAGUAAAAUCAAAAACAAAAACCCUUGCGUCAUUUAAUUAGGCAUUUGCCUCUGUAAUCCCCUUGACACGUCGUUGUUAAGAGAUACAAGUAGAGCGAUGUUGACUUCUAUACCUACUUAUGCCUUUUAACUCGUCCGGGGCAUACGUCGUCUACAAGAAUUUGUCCAUCUUUUCGGUUUCGAGCUUUCCUUCCCAGAGUUGCUCCCAGGUGUAAACCAUACCUUGUUGUCUGCCUCUAGCUUUUAUCUCCGUGUAUUCUUACGCAUUCCCCUCUUUCUUUUUCCCCGUGGAUUCCCUUUUAGGGAUUGUCUGGUGAUGCUAUCUAGGGGUUUACGGAGAGUGUGCCCUAUCCACUUCCAUUUUUUUUUUCUUACGAUUUCUUCAGCAAUAGGCUCCAAGGAUGUACUUUCAAGCAAAUCUCGAACCAUUUUAAGGCCCAGAUAUUUACAUCAUGAUAUCGUCAAGCGAUAUGAUACCUACAAACCACUUAUUUAAUCAUGUUACAUGUUUAAUUUAUAAUACAGAAAGCCCAAAACAAAUUCUACCUAAUGUUAAUAAGUGAACAUUCUAUCGACUUCGUGAGCUUAGUGCUUUUUUUAAUAAACAAUUUUUAACGCUAAACACUGGGGGACCUCUGGUGGUACGCAUGAGUGACUGUGCAUUGAGGACUUUGAAAGCAAGGCUGAACUUAACGCGUCAGUGAGCACGGGAUUAAGGCGUCAUCACCGAAUACCCCACGGGCGAUGAAUGAUAAUCAUGUUCACAGUUUUCUCUGUGUUAAAAAACGCUUUUUUUUAUGCUUGAGGAAGUCGUUCUGAUAACGAUUAUUUUCUUUAUAUCUGAGUCACUCAGCCUUCACAUAUAAUCAACUGACUAGCUAGUUUCUUAUUAUGUGUAUAUAAAAUACUUUGCCCCCCCCCUUCCCUUUAAAGUCGUAGUAUAAAGGAUGAUAUAUUAGUGUUAACUAUUUUUUGUUAAUGAACUGCUAGCCAAAAACAAAUUGAUGUUUUACCUUUAAACGCAACAAAUCAAUAAAUGUUAAGCAAGUUAGCUGCUAUUUCCCAUUAAGCUAUGCAGAGCUCACAAGAAAUGUAAAUGGGAUGUCGCAUUUGAUAGCAACGGGCCCUUACGGUGUUCGUGUGUGUGUGGGUGUGGGUGUGUGUGUGUGGGGGGUGUGUGUUUGUGUGUGUGUGGGGGGUUUGGGUGUGUGUGGGUAUGUGUAGGUUUUAGGAGUCUCAAAUAAAGAGGAUACAUCACUUUCUGAAUUAAUUUCCAUUAUUUCAAAACGUGCUUUUUAUGUUUGAUUUUUUAAAAUUUCUUUUUAAAAAAUACAUUAAUAAAAAGAGUCAUUUUCUAAACGGAGCUAUGCCAAUUCGAAUAUGCAAAUGAUAAUGGUUAUAUCAAUAUUAGGAUACGCACGACUGUUUUGCACGAGCUCCAAAUAGCCUAUCCAUCAUGUUUUAAUUGAUUUAGUUUAGCGUCAUGGAUUUUAAAAAUGUAUUGUGUUUUCGUAACCCUAAGAGGAGCCUUAGAUUAUUCAUGGCAGAAAAAGAACCAAUCAGCGGUAGCAAUACAGUAAGUAAAAUAAUACAGAGGGGACACAACAUUUUUAGAGCAGGCCUGCACAACAAACGGCCCGCGGGACGCAUAUGGCCCGCCAGCAACCACUUUGCGGCCCGCGAAGUAACGAAAUGUUUUUUAUUAUUAUUAUUUUCCUAAUAGCUUUCGCCCCUGCACAAGCUUUUCAUAAAGUAUUACGACCCGCACAAGUUUUUCAUUAAGUUUUAUGGACCACCUUAAACUUGGAGUUGUGCAGGCUUGUUUUAGAGAUUCCGAAAAAACACUCAUGCUCUGCACGGUAAUCAAUUAUUUGUUAACUAGAAUGUUUAACCCGUUUUUUUCAGGGUUUUAGUGGAAGGCAUAGUGCGCUACAUUCGACCUGCUAUUGUGAAGCCUAAACAUAUACAAAUCCAAUUUUUGCGUAUUUAACUAAAUCAGGUUUUAAAGUAUUUUAUCUUCAAAAAAAAAAAAAUUAUAAAAACAAAAAGACAAUUUUAAAGACCUUUGAAAUCUAUAUAUAGGAAAUACUAAAUCAGUCUUUAUUUAUUUUUAAAGAAGUAUCCAUGUAUAAUUAUUUACGUUGCCCACAUCAUUGAAUAUUGAUAAUUUUUGCCUUCUUUAUUUAUUGGCCGACCGAAAUUUUUUUCACGCCCCUGAACUACAAAGAAAACACAUGUCUAAAAACUGUAAAAGUAUGUCAUUAACUUUAAAUAUAUAUACACGUGUGUAUCAUUUUCAAUAUCCUUACAAUUAACGGAUUUGGAUAUAUUGGCAUCUUUGUUACAAAUUAGCCCAACCAUUGUUUAAUCCUGAACUAUAUUAUCGGAAAAUAAGUAAAACAUUGAAUUCUUCUAUCUAAAGAAUAAUCUAUUCACCAAUUUUUCGUCUGCAACAGUCGUUUGGCUUUCAGAAUUUUUUUUUUUUUAUUAUUAUAAAAUGUAUCAAUGGACUUACAUUCUAUUUUGUGCAAAACGGAUAAAAACAUUAUCCAUAUAUUUUUAGAAUUGAUAAGCCCUAUUUGUUCAGCCCCUGAACUUUAUUUUCGUAAAAUGAAACGAAAGAUGUCUCUUAUUUUAAAAACAUUCGAUUUUUCACGUCUGUGAAGUUAUAGUUUUUUAGAUUUUUUAUCCGCAUAAAUGUCAUGAAAUGUGAACCAGAAAGUUUUUAUUAUAAACAUAUUGUUAUACUUACAAAUGUGUACCCAUGGGCGCCCGCAGGUAGGGGCAAGGUGGGGCACUUGCCCCCCCNGACAAAAAUAGACAAAAAUUUAUUAAAGUAAAGAGAAAAUAAAGAGUAACUAAGCUGAUGUCCUGUCCGUUCAUUCACCAUACAAAAUGCGCUACAGUAAAUUAAAACUACAUAAAACAUUACUUAAAAAGUUUUGCCCCCCCCCCCCCCCGGGAAAGUUAAUCAAUUUUUUGCCUCCCCCCCACCCCUAGAAAGUUUUCUGCGGGCGCCCAUGUGUGUACCUACACAUUAGCGACGCCCCUGAACUGAAUAUUAGGAAAAAUGGAAAUAUACCAUGUCCUUAGUUUCCCAGAAAAUCUUAUCCAACAUUUCCCCUUUCCAUCUAGGUUGUUUGUCAGUCGGGAGUGGACCAUGCCCACUUUAAUCAUCAGAUUUGUGUUAGUUCUGUCUGUGGGUGCGCAGAUGUCUAAUGAAACCGAUUCUGGCCCGAAAUUUUCUUGUGCAGCAGGUGCAGAGGAAUGAUUGGGCGUCUCCGGGCGCAUGCCUUCCUGGCAUGUCUCUUGCGCUCGACUAGCCGCUGUUCUGCCAACUUCAUGUUGAAUGGAGCCCCUGUGUCAAGUGGAACGCCAUGAUUUUCGAUCCUUUGCCUUUUCCUCCCACGUGUCAGGGUUAGUCAAACGCUUUCCAUCGUAACUGAGUUUCAACGUGUGUGAUUCGUCCCCAUUAUUGCCCACAGUUUGUCAACGCCCUUGAACUUUGAUUUCAGAGAGCGGUGUAAAACAUUUAAUUUUUUUUAAAAUUUAUUUUUCCCAAAUGCAAUAUCAUCCGAUUUAAAGAUUUUGUCAUCAACAUACAAAUGUACACACAUAAUGUCAUAAAUCAACAUACAAAUGAACACACACAAUUUCAUCAACAUACAAAUGAACACACAUAAUGUCAUCACCACGAAAUGUGUUUACCGAAGGAGGUUAAAUAAUAUAUCAAUGCACCCACUCAUUCAGAGGCGUAUCUUGUGCUGCCAAAGGGAUCCGCCCUUUCCGACGCAUAUCUUGUACUGCUUAGGGCAUCGACUCAUUCUGAUGUGAAUCUUUAGCUGCCUGGGUCACCCACCCAUUCAGAGGCGUAUCUUGUACUGCCUAGAACACCGACUCAUUCUGAGGAGAACCUUUAGCUGCCUGGGUCAACCACCCAUUCUGAGGCGUAUCUUGUGCUGCCUAGAACACCGACAUUCUGAGGCGAAUCUUUAGCUGCCUGGGUCACCCACCCAUUCUGAGGCGUAUCUUGUGCUGUCUAGAACACCGACAUUCUGAGGCGAAUCUUUAGCUGCCUGGGUCACCCACCCAUUCUGAGGCGUAUCUUGUGCUGCCUAAACCACCCACUCAUUCUAAUGCUAUUUUAUGCUGCGAUAAGUUCCCAUUUUUUUCCCUUUAUAAAAUUAAUAUAUGGAAUUUUGUAUUUUUUUAGGAGUGAAAUAUAACAACAUGUCUGACACUUCCGCAUAGACAUAAAACAUUAGACGUUUAAAGUCCCCGCCUUCGACUCAUGAAAUCUUUCAGCCCACGCCAUCCAUCUCACCCACUCACUAAAAACGCUGUCACUCGGCCAGUCUUCGCACUAUUUGUUCAAUCUGAUAAAAAAUAAAGUGUAUAUCUCUGGUCCCGUGCCAUAUCUUGCUGUGCACAGUUCAAAGACAUGAAAGCUGUUUAAUAUGCAACUCUCGUAGGUGGAUUAAUACCCAAAUUUAUGUCAACUGCCGGCGCCAUUUUGGACUUGGUCCAUCGAGACUGCCCUGAUUUUAAGGACUCUCGUUGCUCAACACGUGUGCCGUUCACCAAAAAAGGUACCCAAAGGGCAGACAAUCUCUGUAAUCUUACGAGUUUGUUGGUUUCAAACGUCUGAUUUUAAGGUUUUGAAAGAGAAUCGUAUAUAUCCAAGUGUCUAAAAUAUAGCAAAGUGUUCGAAUAAUGAUGCCUGUGGGGUUAUCAAGGAAGGGUUUUUGGAGUUUUAUUUCCAGAAGGUGUGUGAUACCUCUUUAGAGUUUUCCCCUUGGAGUUAACAGAGGAAGAUGUUCUGAUAAUGUUGAUAGCGUUUAAAUCUGAUUCACUCAGCCUUCACAAAUAAACAAUUACCUACCGAUUUUUUAAAAUAUUUUUAAAUAUAAAAUACUUUAUACUUAGGAUAAAAAGUUAGUAUUUUAGUGCUGACAUUUUUUUUUUAUGAACCAUAAGACAAAACAAUACUAUAAAUGCUGUACUUUUAAACGCAAGAAAUCAAUAUAUGUUAAACAAUUUUGCUGCAUUUUCCACAUUAAAUCAAGCAGAGCUCAUAAGAAAUGUUCUAUGGGAUAUCGCAUUUGAUAGCCUCGGGCCCUUACGGUGUUGGUGUGUGUUUAUGUGUAUUUGUGUGUGGAGUCUCAAAUGAAGAUGAUAUAUUUCUUUCUGAAUUAAUUUCAGUAGUUUCAUCAGCGAGUGGAUUUUAAGAUAUGGUUAAUAAAGUUUGUGCAAAAAAGUUAAGCUUCGGAUUUCUGGAGAAAAAAAAAGGAACAAAAUAUAAGUGUCCAUUGUUGGAUAAUGAGUGAUGAAGAAGUCGUAAAAAACAAGUGAUACAUCAAUUUUUCGAAGAGAAGUCCAUUUAAAAAGACAUACGGCGAUGGAGUGCAUACAUCAAGGGGGUGGUAUAUUAUAGAGCGUCCAAAGUGGCCUAACAGGAAAAAAACAUUAUAGCAUAGACGAGUCACAAAUAGGCCAAGACUGGGGUUGUAUGAUGAUGUAGACAUGUAUUUACAUCAGCUGGGGGAGAAGGGUGUUCACGCAUGGUGGCGAAAAGCCUUGGGUUGAAGUAUUUUAUGGGACAGGGCCAGGCCCUAGAUGGACGAAACUUGAAGUAUUUUAUGGGACAGGGAACGGCCCUAGAUGGACGAAACUUGAAGUAUUUUAUGGGACAGGGCACGGCCAUAGAUGGACGAACUUGAAGUAUUUUAUGGGACAGGGGACGGCCCUAGAUGGACGAAACUUGAAGUAUUUUAUGGGACAGGGGACGGCCCUAGAUGGACGAAACUUGAAGUAUUUUAUGGGACAGGGCACGGCCCUAGAUGGACCAAACUUGAAGUAUUUUAUGCGACAGGGCACGGCCCAAGUUGGACGAAACUUGAAGUAUUUUAUGGGACAGGGCACGGCCCUAGAUGGACGAAACUUGAAGUAUUUUAUGGGACAGGGCACGGCCCUAGAUGGCCGAAACUUUAAGUAUUUUAUGGGACAGGGCACGGCCCUAGAUGGACGAAACUUGAAGCAUUUUAUGGGACAGGGCCAGGCCCUAUAUGGACGAAACUUGAAGUAUUUGUAUCAACAGCCAUCGAUUGAAUCAAAACAAUUAUAUAUUAACGAAAUUUUCUAUUAGACUGACCCCAUACAUUAAUUAAUAUAGACAAACAUCAAUGACAUAACCGUACAUUAAUGACAAAGCCAUACAUCUUUGACAAAGCCAUGUAUUAAUCAAAUAACCAUACAUCAAAGGCAUUGCCAUACCUCAAUGACAUAGCCAUACAUCAAUAACAUAGCCACACAUCAAUGACAUAGCCACACAUCAAUGACAUAGCCAUACAUCAAUGACAUAGCCAUACAUCAAUGAGAUAGUCACACAUCAAUGAGAUAGCCAUACACCAAUGAGAUAGCCAUGCAUCAAUAACAUAGCCAUACAUCAAUGACAUAGCCAUACAUCAAAAACAUAGCCAUAUAUCAAUGACAUAGCCAUACAUCAAUAACAUGGUCAUGCAUCAAUGUAUUAGCCAUACAUCAAUAAAAUGUCCAUACAUCAAUGUCUUAGCCAUACAUCAAUAACAUGGCCAUACAUCAAUGACAUAGCCAUACAUCAAUGUCUUAGCCAUACAUCAAUGACAUAGCCAUACAUCAAUGUCUUAGCCGUACAUCAAUAACAUGGCCAUACAUCAAUGUCUUAGCCAUACAUAAAUAACAUGGCCAAACAUCAAUGUCUUAGCCAUACAUCAAUAACAUGGCCAUAAAUCAAUGUCUUAGUCAUACAGCAAUGACAUAGCCAUACAUCACUGACAUAGCCAUACAUCAAUAACAUGGCCAUACAUGAUUCUCUUAGCCAAACAUCAAUGACAUAGCCAUACAUCAAUGUCUUAGCCAUACAUCAAUGACAUAGCUAUACAUCAAUAACAUGGCCAUAAACCAAUGUCUUAGCCAUACAUCAAUGACAUGGCCAUACAUCAAUAACAUGGCCAUACAUCAAUGACAUAGUCAUACAUCAAUGUCUUAGCCAUACAUCAAUGACAUAGCCAUACAUCAAUAACAUGGCCAUACAUCAAUAAAACGGCCAUACAUCAAUAACAUGGCCAUACAUCAAUAACAUGGCCAUAAACCAAUAACAUGGCCAUACAUCAAUAACAUGGCCUUACAUCAAUAACAUGGUCAUACAUAAAUAAAAAGUCAUACAUCAAUAACAUAGCCAUACAUCAAUAACAUAGCCAUACAUUAAUGUCUUAGCCAUACAUCAAUAACAUAGCCAUACAUCAAUAUCUUAGCCAUACAUCAAUGACAUAGCCAUACAUCAAUAACAUCGCCAUACAUCAAUAACAUGGCCAUACAUCAAUAACAUAGCCAUACAUCAAUGUCUUAGCCAUACAUCAAUAACAUAGCCAUACAUAAUGGUCUUAGCCAUACAUCACUGACAUAGCCAUACAUCAAUAACAAAGCCAUACAUCAAUGACAUAGCCAUACAUCAAUUGCAUAGCCAUACAUCAAUGAAAUAGACAUACAUCAAUGUCUUUGCCAUACCUCAAUAACAUAGCCAUACAUCAAUGUCUUAGCCAUACAUCAAUAACAUAGCCAUACAUCAAUGUCUUAGCCAUACACCAAUAACGUAGCCAUACAUCAUUGUCUUAGCCAUACAUCAAUAACAUAGCAAUGCAUCAAUGUCUUAGCCAUACAUCAAUGACAUAGCCAUACAUCAAUAACAUGGCCAUACAUCAAUAACAUGGCCAUACAUCAAUGUCUAAGCCAUACAUCACUGACAUAGCAAAUAAAUCAUUAACAAAGCCAUACAUCAAUAACAUAGCCAUACAUCAAUUACAUAGCCAUACAUCAAUAACAUGGCCAUACAUCCAUAACAUAGCCAUACAUCAAUUUCUUUUCAAUACAUCAAUAACACAGCAAUACAUCAAUGUCUUAGCAAUACAUCAUUAACAUAGCCAUAUAUCAAUGUCUUAGCCAUACAUCAAUAACAUAGCCAUACAUCAAUGUCUUAGCAAUACAUCAAUGUCUUAGCCAUACAUCAAGGACAUAGCCAUGCAUCAAUAACAUAGCCAUACAUCAAUGUAUUAGCCAUACAUCAAUGCCUUAGCCAUACAUCACUGACAUAGCCAUACAUCAAUAACAUGGCCAUACAUCAAUAACAUAGCCAUACAUCUAUAACAAAGCCAUACAUCACUGACAUAGCCUUACAUCAAUAACAUGGUAAUACAUCAACAACAUAGCCAUACAUCAAUAACAUAGCCAUACAUCAAUGUCUUAGCCAUACAUCAAUGACAUAGCUAUACAUCAAUAACAUGGCCAUAAACCAAUGUCUUAGCCAUACAUCAAUGACAUAGCCAUACAUCAAUAACAUUGCCAUUCAUCAAUGUCUUAGCCAUACAUCAAUAACAUAGCCAUACAUCAAUAAAAUGCCCAUACAUCAAUAACAUGGCCAUAGAUCAAUGUCAUAGCCAUAUAUCAAUAACUUUGCCAUACAUCAAUAACAUUGCCAUACAUCAAUGUCUUAGCCAUACAUCAAUGAAAUAGCCUUACAUCAAUAACAUGGCCAUUCAUCAAUGACAUAGCCAUACAUCAAUAACAUGGCCAUGCAUCAAUAACAUAGCCAUACAUCAAUAACAUGGCCAUACAUCAAUAACAUAGCCAUACAUCAAUAAUAUAGCCAUACAUCAAUGACAUAGCCAUACAUCAAUAACAUUGCCAUACAUCAAAAACAUGGCCAUGUACCAAUAACAUGGCCAUAUAUCAAUAAUAUAGCCAUAAACCAAUAACAUAGCCAUACAUCAAUAACAUAGCCAUACAUCAAUAACAUAGCCAUACAUCAAUAACAUGGCCAUACAUCAAUGGCUUAGCCAUAAAUCAAUGACAUAGACAUACAUCAAUAACAUGGUCAUACAUCAAUAACAUAGCCUUACAUCAAUAACAUGGCCAUACAUCAAUAACAUGGCCAUACAUCAAUGUCUUUGCCAUACAUCAAUGACAUAACCAUGCAUCAAUAACAUAGCCAUACAUCAAUAACAUGGCCAUACAUCAAUAACAUGGCCAUAUAUCAAUGUCUUAGCCAUACAUCAAUGACAUAGCCAUACAUCAAGAAAAUGGCCAUACAUCAAUAACAUUGCCAUACAUCAAUAACAUUGCCAUACAUCAAUAACAUUGCCAUACAUCAAUGUCUUAGCCAUACAUCAAUAACAUAGCCAUACAUCGAUAACAUGGCCAUACAUCAAUGACAUGGCCAUACAUCAAUAACAUUGCCAUACAUCAAUGUCUUAGCCAUACAUCAAUGACAUAGCCAUACAUCAAUAACAUGGUCAUACAUCAAUGACAUGGCCAUACAUCAAUAACAUGGCCAUGCAUCAAUAACAUAGCCAUACAUCAAUAACAUGGCCAUACAUCAAUAAUAAGCCAUACAUCAAUAACGUAGCCAUACAUCAAUGACAUAGCUAUACAUCAAUGACAUGGCCAUACAUAAAAAACAUGGCCAUAUACCAAUAACAUUGCCAUAUAUCAAUAACAUGGGCGUAUAACAAUAACAUGGCCAUACAUCAAUAACAUAGCCAUAUACCAAUAACAUGGCCAUACAUCUAUAACACGGCCACAUACCAAAAACAUGGCCAUACAUCAAUAACAUCGCCAUACAUCAAUAACAUGGCCAUACAUCAAUUUUUUAGAAAGAUGAACACAGUGUCGUUUAGUACAUGUUAUUGUUUAUACAGGUUAUUGUUGAGUACAGGUUAUUGUUUAGUACAGGUUAUUGUUUAUACAGGUCAUUGUUCAGUACAACUUAUUGUUUAGUACAGGUUAUUGUUAAGUACAGGUUAUUGUUUACACAGGUUAUUGUUUAUACAGGUUAUUGUUCAGUACAGCUUAUUGUUUAUACAGGUUUUAGUUCAGUACAGGUUAUUGUUUAGUACAGGUUAUUGUUUAUUACAGAUUCUUGUUUAUUACAGAUUAUUGUUUAUACAGGUUAUAUUUCAGUACAGGUUAUUGUUUAUACAGGUUAUUGUUUAGUACAGGUUAUUGUUUAUUACAGAUUCUUGUUUAUUACAGAUUAUUGUUUAUACAGGUUAUAUUUCAGUACAGGUUAUUGUUUAUUACAGAUUAUUGUUUAUACAGGUUAUUGUUCAGUACAGGUUAUUGUUUAUUACAGAUUAUUGUUUAUACAGGUUAUUGUUCAGUACAGGUUAUUGUUUAUUACAGAUUAUUGUUUAUACAGGUUAUUGUUCAGUACAGGUUAUUGUUUAUUACAGAUUAUUGUUUAUACAGGUUAUUGUUCAGUACAGGUUAUUGUUUAUUACAGAUUAUUGUUUAUACAGGUUAUUGUUCAGUACAGGUUAUUGUUUAUUACAGAUUAUUGUUUAUACAGGUUAUUGUUCAGUACAGGUUAUUGUUUAUUACAGAUUAUUGUUUAUACAGGUUAUUGUUCAGUACAGGUUAUUGUUUAUUACAGAUUAUUGUUUAUACAGGUUAUUGUUCAGUACAGGUUAUUGUUUAUUACAGAUUAUUGUUUAUACAGGUUAUUGUUCAGUACAGGUUAUUGUUUAUUACAGAUUAUUGUUUAUACAGGUUAUUGUUCAGUACAGGUUAUUGUUUAUUACAGAUUAUUGUUUAUACAGGUUAUUGUUCAGUACAGGUUAUUGUUUAUUACAGAUUAUUGUUUAUACAGGUUAUUGUUCAGUACAGGUUAUUGUUUAUUACAGAUUAUUGUUUAUACAGGUUAUUGUUCAGUACAGGUUAUUGUUUAUUACAGAUUAUUGUUUAUACAGGUUAUUGUUCAGUACAGGUUAUUGUUUANUUUGGCGGUAGAGAAAAAUUCCCCCCCCCCCCACCAAAAAAAAACAAAGAAAAACUAACAUAUUUUAAAAUGUCAUCUAAUAUUCGACGUCCUAAACAAAAUAAAACGCACACACAAACCCCCCUCCCCCCCCCCUAAAAAAAACCCCACACAAACAUGAUGGAUUUUAUCAAAAUUAUUAAUUUAAUAAAAUUGAAGCCCAUAUGCACUUAGUAUUAGCUAUGCCAAGUGAAAUCAAGAGCCACAGUGUUGAAAAAGCAUAUAUUACAUCAUGAUUAUUCUAUUCAAAUUAUUUAUUUCUUGCUGUUAACUUUCAGCGACUUGACUCUACAAUAACAUUUUAAUGCUGAGCACUUCCUGUGAUUAAUAUAAAAUAUAUUGUCGCCAUGACUUGGCCGGGCUCAUGGCAAACACUUAUGAUAAUGUAUGGAGAAAUUCAUACACAGAAACCAUACCCCCCCCCUUGCACCAGGAUUAAGGUCCAGUAAUCUAGCUGACUUAUCUGAGACAUUCCUUUGCACGUUAAGACUAUUCAUAUGCAAUCCCUGUAUUUCCGAUCCACAAACAGAUGGCAUGCCUUUCCAAAACCAGCUCUCGUAGCUUAUCCAUCAGAUCGAAGGUUCCCAAACAUUUCCGACUCUCGUUGCCCUUGCUUACACCAGGUUUUUCCAAAGGCGCCCUGAUACAAUAACUGACAAGAACCAUAGCGAAUUAUUUAAAAAGUAAAAGAUUAGGCGAAUAUCACGGACAGAUUUAAUUCAACAGCUACCUUAAUUUUUUGCUUCACAUUUCAGCGCAAUAUUUUGUCUUUAUCACAGCGAUGACCGAAAACCAAGCCGGGAAAUACGUAAAGUCGAAAAUGGAAGUACAAAGCUCUGAGCUUUACGGACAGAAUCGCCAUAAUCAUCUUUUACUUACAUCCCAAAAUUCAACGAUUUAUCUGCUGCUAGAUUUUGUUUCUCAAGACAAAUCAACAAGAUUCUCAUCUUCUAUACGGAAGUAAAAACCAGAUGGAAGAAUUGCAAUUACUCGAUCUCAAAUCCAUGCAGAUUUAUCGAAAUUGUCAUUCUGGAGUCGAUCAACUUAUUUAUCGUAGACCCCCAGUUAACAGCCGUUUGCAGAGGAUCCUGAAGAGAUUUGUUACUAAGUGAGUCACUGGUGUCCACCAGGCCAACUUGAUGUUUCAUAAUUUCCCGUUGAAUUAUGAAAAUUGUGAUAGAUUAUUGUAGAUUAUUGUAAGAUUAUUCGUUUACAGCGGUUUCCCGGGCACCUUUCUCAAUGACUCUGCUCAAUUCCAUUUCCGUCUUUCUCUCAGCUUUUCUUUGCCCCCCCCCCCUCCCUCUUGCCAUGUCCUACCAUGUCAUUCCAUCUCUCUUUCAUUAUGUCAAUCCCACCUUAAUCUAAAUAUCAGUGUCCCUACAGCUAAUUUAUUUCUCCUUGUUUCUAUCUGUUAUGUUUCUUCAUUCUGCUAAUACCCCCUAUAUGACUCAUCGCUGUGUGAACACACAUCUUCAUUCAACUACAUGUGCACAAAAUCCAUGUCCUCUCAAAGUCACCUAACUGCACCGUAACUUGAUAUGGUGUUUUAGGGCCAUGUUGGUCUCUCCAUGUUACAUAUUUGUAACACAACUUGAUUCUGUGUUUUAGGCCCAGGUUUUUAAACUGUUUUAAACAAGUCAAAUCGAGCGAGAAUCAUUUCUCAGGCGCCAUAAAUCUUUCAAGGGCUUAUCUCUCUUACCUGUCCUAGAUUUUUAUAAUUUUUUUUUGUUUCAAAAUAAAUGCGAGGUGCGAAAUAAACGGAAAUCUUUAAUUUAACGAGUUUCAGCUUAAAAUAAAACAACUUCUGUGUCAAGUCUUGACAACGCCAAUUGGGUGGCGGGAAAUUGAUUAGUCCACCUUGGGACCGUGCAGAAAACCGGCUUAGAUCCGUCAGGUUUCUGUUCGCAUGGGAGACCCGAAGCGUUGCAACUACACUUAUUUAAAAACACAAUUACGUUUGGUAAGGUUAUAUUGAAAUAUGUGGGUGCCAAAAAUUUGGACAUUAUCGGGGCCAAAAGAUCUUGGUGAUCCUGGUCCACGGCAACAUUCGUGCUAUGUCUUAGUGUUUCCUGGUCCAGGGCAACAUUAGUGCUAUGUCUUAGUGUUUCCUGGUCCAGGGCAACAUUAGUGCUAUGUCUUAGUGUUUCCUGGUCCUGGCAACAUUAGUGCUAUGUCUUAUGGUUUUAUUUAAAACAAUAAGUUAAUAAUAAUACAAUAAGCAAGUCGAUUUUUUUUUUGAGCGGCACUUCUUAGUGACACACAGUGCAUAAUUCCGGUGGCACACAGUUCACACUUUAUGGUGGCAAACAGUAUUACACUUCUUGGUGACACACAGUACAUACUUCUAAGUGACAGACAGUAUACACUAAUUAGUGGCGCACAGUAUACACUUCUUGGUGGCGCACAGUACACCCUACUUGGUGGGACGCAGUUCACUCAGUUCAAAAGCCGGGCACACACAAAGGUCUACCACGGCUGUCUAUCCGUGUGGUAUUGUCCACCAUAACAAUUAUUAUGGGAUUAGUUUCACGGAUAAGCUCAUUCAGUUUUAAGAUAUAUGAAAAGUCCAAUCCUGUCGUAGCUUUGCCCAUCUAAUCUUGUUAUGGUUCAUCUUUAUAGUUACAGCUCCACUGUCAACAUAUAACUGCCAUGACGACUAAUUAGCAAUGCCAGCUUAGACCCUGUACAAAAGUUCGGGAUUGAUGUCACUUUUUACCUUUUUAUGACAACUGUCAAUCAUUACCUUUAUUUUUUUUACAAAUGUCAAUCAUUACCUUGUUAUUACAAUCGUCAAUCAUUAACUUUUUAUCAAAAACGUCAAUCAUUAAAUUUGUAUUUCAGACGUCCAGCAUUACCUUUUUAUUACACAUGUCUUAUUCAUUUUUGUUACCUCUAAUCCUGAUUUUCAAACUAUUUUUACACAACCGACCCCAUGUACCACUAUUUCAUUUCCACAUUUUAAGAACUCCAGUGCGCUACCAGAAUUUUUCGUUUUCUUGUAGCAAAUAUUUACAGUGUUCCGUGUUUCACUUUGUCUUGCUUAGAUCACGUGAUGGCCGGAACACCCUCAACAUGACGAGCUGACGCUGUUUGAUGAACGCGUCACGUAUCAACCGGAUGAAGAUGGCGCUCGACGGUAGGAUUACAUUGUCCGUGGCGGUCGUGACCUUGAUCGUGUGCUUGACCACAUCAGCAGCACUUCCGGUAGUGGACGCGCCUGAAAAGGCUGAACCAUCGGCCGGCAGCAACGGGUAGGUUCACAUGGGUCAGUAUAAUUAGAUCCUAUAGAAACGCUGGAUGAUUUAAGAAAAUAAAGAGUAAUGAAAUAAGUGUAUACAGCAAAUGAUGAUCGGAAGAAUAGGGUUAUGAUUGCGAAAAUAAUUUUUUUUUCUUUUAAUUGAUGGAUUUUAAUGUGAGCGUUUUCAUUUUCCCAGGGAAAUAAUUGACGAUUUAGUGAAAGUAAAAAAAAUAAAUUAAUUAAAAUAAAAUAAAAUUUAAAAAACACAACAAGGUUGUAUUUAAAGGCGUCGCAAGGAUUAGAGCUACCAGGACAGCUUUAUGAUUCUAGCCACCUCCCUACACCCAUGAAAAAUCUUUGCAGUGGCUCGAAUCUCCCCCCUCCCCCCCCCACACCAAAAAAAAAAUCCUUUUAAUGAACAGAAAAAUGGUCGUGCCGGGCCGCCUAAACACCCCCUUCCCCCCACCCCCCUCCCCCCGGUAACACAUUUUCAACGCCAGUUUUUCGUGUACAUCAAUUUAAAAAUGACAUGAGCAUGUAAUCUCACAAGGGGAAUGAAGAAUAACACCAAGCAGACCCAAUGGACAAAGUAAGUGUGAAGUGAAGAAUAAAGACAUCAAGAGGAAAAGCAAUAAUUUAAGUCCAACUGUAAAUUAUUGAAAGAGCGUAGGAUAGUUGUUCUUUUUAGUUUAAAUAAUAAAGGAAAAUGUAUAAAGAUCUUACGUAAUGAGGAGCGGGGUUUUCAAGGGGUGGGAAUGGGCAAUUUAUAUAUUUAUUGUAAAGAGUAAAGGGUUUUUAUAAGGCAAAAUGUGGAUUGGUUAAGAGUAGGGAAAGAGUAAAAAACAAAUUUAAUACCAGAAGAAAAGAGAAUGAUAAGAUAAGAAUAUAGAAAGAUAAGAGGAGAUUAUAAAAAAAAUAAGGGAUACUGGGAACAAUAAUGAAAGAUAAGAGCUGAGAGUAAUAAAUGCUCUCAUAGUUUUAUGGGAGUCUAGUCUCAUUACAUCGGGAGAUCAGUCUCAUAAUCAUGGGAGGCUAGUGUCAUAAUCAUGAGAGUCUAGUGUCAUAAUCAUGGGUGUUUAGUGUCAUAGGCAUGGGAGCAUUUUGUCAUAAGCAUGGGAGUAUUUUGUCAUAAGCAUGGGAGUAUUUUGUCAUAAUCAUUGGAGUUUAGUGUCACAAUCAUGGGAGUUUAGAUUCAUAAUCAUGAUGGUUUAGUGUCAUAAACAUGAGAGUUUAGUGUCAUAACAUGAGAGUUUAGUGUCAUAACAUGAGAGUUUAGUGUCAUAACAUUAGAGUCUAGUGUCAUAAUCAUGGCAGUUUAGUGUCAUAAUCAUUAGCGUUUAGUAUUAUAAUCAUGAGAGUCGAGUAUCAUAAUCAUGGAAGUCCAGUGUUAUAAUCAUGGAAGUUUAGUGUCAUAAUGAUGGGAGUCUAGUUUCAUUUUCAUGGCACUUUAAUGUCAUAAUCAUGAGCGUUCCGCCUCCUAAUCUUUGGGGUCAAGUUUCAUAAUCGUGAGAUUCUAGCCUCAUAAUGUUUUAUGUACAAGGGCUACAAUACUACUUCCCAUCCACUGCAUGAUAUAUUUCUUAGGUAAACAUUUCAUCGUUUCCUUAACUUCCUCUGACAAUCUUCUGCCGAGAUCUUGAACAACAGCUUAAGACCUGGGCGGCUUAAUCCACUGAUUCAAUGCAUGGAUUAUUUUGAUUUCAUGCCUGACUUAAGCUUGAACUUGUGACAGAAGUCACGUAAAAUAACCUUCGUUUAUGCCGGUGGGCCAAUUACACCCAUGAAACCACCCUUUAGUUGUAAGGUGUAAGGUAUACUAGACGUAGACUAGGAGUACGUUAGAAGUACACCAGGAAUACCGGUACAUUAGACUUACAUAAUAAGACUCGAAAUAAAAGAACUUUUUUUUUUUUUCUUGAACCGAAAGAAUGUUUCUAAGGAAUGUACUUAACGGAACCAAGAGACAUCCAACCUCCAACAGAACGCCCCCACAACCUCACAACAACAGGGUGCUGAUCCAAUCUUGCACACGGUUAACUCUAAAUAGCUCCUCGCGCUAUUGCAAACACAAGCCUUAGAGGAGGGGGUGGAGCAGGGAGGGUGUUCUGCCCAAAGUGGCACUUAGUUUUAGGAUCAUUUUGAUCCAGUCCACAAACUCCAGUUACUUCACGUACCGCACCUAUUGCUAUUUGGGUGAAAGGAACCGAAGCAAGUUGCAAAGUGAAUACAACCAACUGGUCGCUUGUCAUGUUUGGACGUUACUGAUCUGGUCGCUUCAAAAAAAAAAAAAGGGCUUGAUGUCACCUUGCUGGGGUGCUACUGAUUUAAAGUUUACCAUGAUGUAACUAACAUGGAGUUUUUUUAAAUAUAAAACUUGCCUUUGUUAAUCACUUGUUCAGUGAGGGCGUUUUGGUGCUGAGAUGACUUGGGCAGUUGUCACUGUGUGCUUUGUAGUUGUGAUCUAUUUGGGUACGGUGGUUGACGUUGUUGGUUGUUAUUGUUUUGGUAGUUAAGGAGUUGCAGAGGGAUUGUGGAAGGAAAAAGUCACGCUUUGUGCUUCAUUGUUGAAUAAAAAAACCGUAACAAUUUUUGAUCUUUGAAUUGCUAGUAAUUACCCCUAGAAUAAACGAAGCUAUUGAAGUACUUAUGCCGUCAUCUUUUAUGCCCAAAAUACGUCACAAAUAUUAAGCACACGGUAACAACUUAACAUUUAAUCUCCACUACAAAACAUAAUCUUAUUGAACACAUUUAACAGCCUACCUGUAACUCCAUUUACUGCUAUUCACUUGAAGAUGUUUAUGACUACGUAAAAUGCCUUGUAUAUUUUAACGUUAUUAUGACAUACACGUUCUGUCCAACAAUGCCUAUAUAAAUAUGUUUAGAUAUGUUUCUUACUAUUUAAGUUUAUGAACUUUAUGUUUUUCUUCAAAUCUACCCUGCUCAGAUCAGAACCUCCAUUAUCUACAAUCUUGCUUGGCAUCUCUCAAACCGUGAACUACUUUCUCCUCUGAUCUAAAUAACAAAUGUACAAUGCGUCGUGGUUAAGCUCUAAAAAAAGUGAUAAAAGAUCAAAAGAGAUCUGCAUUGAUGGGGGAAUGUUUCAUUUUGUUGACUGAUAUGUAAUUAUGUUUCAUUUUGUUGUCUCAUAUGUUACUAUGUUUCAGGCCCAAUGUGGGCAAUGAGUCGCCAAAACCUACGAAAGCUUCCCAGGAGACUGCGUGGGUGGAGUUGGUGGACGCUGGGAACGGAAACGUACAAAACUGUAAGAUAUCAACACAGGAGAACCUGCACGAGUUUAUAGAUGUGGUCAGUACAAUCGUUUUGUGAUAUAGAUGUGGUCAAUACAAUUGUAUUUUGAUAUGGAUGUAUUUAAUAAGAUAGUAUUGUGAUAUAGAUGUGGUCAGUACAAUUGCAUUGUGAUAUAGAUUCAUACAAGCGUUCUAUCAGGUUAAACAAACUUCUGGUUCAUGUCUUAUAAAAAAAGUUCAUAUUUUAUAUUGUCUUAAAAUUUGUUAUUUGUACUUAAAAAUGUAGACACAUUGAUCAAUCAUAAACUAAAUGAAAUUAGACUUAGUUCACCUUAACAAAUGAUUUAACGUGCUAUGGUGUAUGCUGAAAGCUUUGAAAGAUAAGCUGACUUUUGAAAAGACGAAAUUUAAAAAAAAAAAUGAUAAAACCAAAAUGGAAUUUUUUUUUUCAAAAACGAAAUAUUAUCCUCUCCAGAACAACAGUAAAUGAUAGCCUACGAAAGUACGUUAGUUUAGCAUUUUAGCCUCAGAAUUAGCAUCAUAGGUGGCAAUCCGCAUGACAUGACACCACUCGACGUAGCAGACAGCACUGGUAGGAAUUUGGGAGAAGAAAAAGUACGCUAAAAGAAGGAGGGGAUCAAUAUAACAUAAUUCUUAUGGAAUAUUAUUUAUGUGAUUUUUUUAAACUAUUAAAAUCGGGUAACCAAAAUUCUGGGAAUUGGCGUGUACCUGAGCAUCCUGUUACACGUAGUCAACCCUGGGAAGUUGGCCUAGGGCCUUUACCUGAGCAUCCUGCUACCCGUAGUCAACCCUCGGAAGUUGGCCUAGGGCCUUUACCUGAGCAUCCUGCUACCCGUAGUCAACCCUCGGAAGUUGGCCUAGGGCCUUUACCUGAGCAUCCUGCUACCCGUAGUCAACCCUCGGAAGUUGGCCUAGGGCCUUUACCUGAGCAUCCUGCUACCCGUAGUCAACCCUAGCAGGUUAGCCUAGGGCAUUUACCUGAGCAUCCUGCUACCCGUAGUCAACCCUGGGAAGUUAGCCUAGGGCCUUUACCUGAGCAUCCUGCUACCCGUAGUCAACCCUCAGAAGUUAGCCUAGUGCCUUAAUCUGAGCAUUCUGCUACCCGUAGUCAACCCUCAGAAGUUAACCUAGGGCAUUAAUCUGAGCAUCCUGCUACCCGUAGUCAACCCUGGGAAGUUAGCCUAGGGCCUUUACCUGAGCACCCUGCUACCCGUAGUCAACCCUCGGAAGUUGGCCUUGGACGUGUGCCCGAGUACCCGAAAAUGUCCGGCAAGCUAGCCUCCGGCGUGUAUCCGAACACCCAGGCACUUUUGUCAGCCCCAUCUACAGUCUUUUAAAUGAAAUCUGGAACGACUUAAGGCAGCUAUAUUACACGAUACAAAAACUUGUUAUGGUCUCACAUUACUUAAAGAAAACAGAAUAAUAUUACAAAUUCCACAUACCAAACUGAGACAGGGUUUCUUUAAAUCUCUAUAGCACAGAUUCCUUGCUUGGGCGGUAGUAGCCAAUGUUCCUUCUAGUUUGUGGACAUGUUUCGCGCCUAGAAUUUGUUUUGCGCAAUUUUAAAAUUUAACCAUAGUUAACCAUAGUGUAUUGAUACAGCCAAUGAGACUACAGCACGGCGUCACGGCCAUUUGAUCGCGUGUCACAUCUCAGCGAAUCGCGUGCCAUUACAUCUGUCAAAUUAAACACCAACAAACGAGGGACACAAUUAUUUGCACAUUAAUGUUUAACGCACUCAGUUCUAAAAUGAUCCUACUUCUGAACGCUCCAUCACAACUACAGAAUUGUAUACAUUUUGAAUUAGAACUAACUCUGUAAUAUAUCUACAGUAGACAGAAAGGUACGGGCCUGUCACUUUGAUCGCCAGGAUGGUUUGGGGGGGGAUUGGACAUCUAAAACAAGCACUGGUGGUUCCCGAAUGAAAGUGAGGGGAAGGGUCAAAAUGCUGAGAAGCCCUUCGCCUUACAUCUGAAUUUAGUUUUGAAUCAUUAUAAAUUAUUUGGGAGAGCAACAGACGAUGUGACUGAUGGGCUCCUGGAAAUAUAGUUACCCCGUGACCUAGUUGUCUUUCAUACAAUUUCUUUUUUUAAGGUAUGAUUUGAGAUCACUUGUGUGAAUGGACAUUUUUAAAAUGGCAAACCAAAAUAGGUUUAAGCAGACCGCACAAGCAAGUAUCGUCACAAAAAACAAAACGCAAAUUGAAUACAGUGGAAGUUCAUUGUUGUUACAUCUGGCAAAUUAAAGACUUGUCGGACUGAUAUGCUCACCUCAUCUAUUGCUGUUUGUGUUUAUAAUUGAAUCAUUUGUACAUUAAUAUUGAAAUAAUAAAUUUUAAAAAAGGUAGAGGGAACAGUGGUAGUAAGUUCUAUAUUAAAAAAAUCCCGACCUUAAACUGUAGAAAGUCGUAGGUACAAAGUUAAGACCAGAUACACAUCAUCUGAUCAUUCCAUUACACUUUUAUUUACGCGGCGCCGAGGUUGUUCAAUCAAUAGAUCACAAGUGUCGGGAUAUCGAGCUGAUCACGCGGCCAUAAAUAAACAAGUGUUGAAAUUAAAAGUCCAAAAUACGUCAUCCGUGUUGCUGUUGGAGUCGGUUGUGUUUGUGUUGGAGUCGGUAGUGUUUGUGUUGGAGUCGUUUCUGUUUGUGUUGGAGUUGUACGUUUGUAGAUUGGCUGAGUAGGUGGGUUCCGUUUGCAAGAUCCGUGCAGAGCUGGGAUCGGUAAAUCUGUGUGGCGUUGAGAAGGUCAAAUUUUUUCUUCAGUUAUUGGAGUCGAGUCUGAAUGAUUGUAUCAACGUGGUCGUUAUUUUUAUAGUAUUUUGGUGGUUGAGUUUAGACUAAAACUUAAGCCUUACAGGCUAUCAACAGCUGAUAUAAAAAUCGCACAAAGUAAAUUUAAAAGCAAAUUGAACCUAAUAAAGAGUAGGAGAAACUCAUGAAGAAAAAAAAUCGACAAAGGCCUCUUCUUAAAAAAAAAAAGUGGACACGUUUAUAGUUUAUCAAUUUUAAUGUCAAAAGCUCACCUUUCUAGGCCGUUAAAAAGCAACUCGCGACACACGGAAAUGCAUGCAUAUCAUAAAUGUAAGAUAGCUAGCACAUUUGAGAAGGAGCCUUUGGAGUGUUAGUGCCAAGACGGAGCAUUUUUUUAUUACAAGCUCGGCACUCAUAUUGAAAAAACAAGUUAAUGAUAAUCAAAAUAAACGUUGUCCUUUACAUGUAUAAAUCUGUUUAAAUAUUCUUGUAGGAAAUUGAAUCAUACACUUGAGUAAAUCUAUCUUUAUGAAUUAAACCUAAAUAUCGCAAGAUUUAUGCAAAUGAGUUAUACUGAUGUGCAUAGUUUUUCUUACACUAAGAUUUUACCUGUCUUUCUUGUAUCAUUUGUUUGGAUUUUUGAUGGAUGAAGCCUGGAUACGUUCUAACACGUGUAUUUUUGGGGGGGGGGGAAACAAGGCCCAUGGAGGCCCUUCAGACACAUUUGGCCCAUGGAGGCCCUUCAGACAAAUUUGGCCCAUGGAGGCUUGAGUAAUUCUAUCUUUAUGAAUUAAACCUAAAUAUCGCAAGAUUUAUGCAAAUGAGUUAUACUGAUGUGCAUAGUUUUUCUUACACUAAGAUUUUUCCUGUCUUUCUUGUAUCAUUUGUUUGGAUUUUUGAUGGAUGAAGCCUGGAUACGUUCUAACACGUGUAUUUUUGGGGGGGGGGAAACAAGGCCCAUGGAGGCCCUUCAGACACAUUUGGCCCAUGGAGGCCCUUCAGACAAAUUUGGCCCAUGGAGGCCCUUCAGACAAAUUGGCCCAUGGAGGCCCUUCAGACAAAUUUGGCCCAUGGAGGCCCUUCAGACAAAUUGGCCCAUGGAGGCCCUUCAGACAAAUUUGGCCCAUGGAGGCCCUUCAGACAAAUUUGGCCCAUGGAGGCCCUUCAGAGAAUUUGGCCCAUGGAGGCCCUUCAGAGAAUUUGGCCCAUGGAGGCCCUUCAGAGAAUUUGGCCCAUGGAGGCCCUUCAGACAAAUUGGCCCAUGGAGGCCCUUCAGACACAUUUGGCCCAUGGAGGCCCUUCAGACACAUCUUGCACAUGGUUCUACUCCUUUUCCUGACCUCGACUACUUUUCGAUUGCUACAAACCCCUCAUUGUAACAUGUCCCCAUUUAUGACCUAUGGACCUUCUCUUAAGCCGGAUGUUACUGAGAAGGUUGUCUGCAUACCUAUUGAUCUCUCUCAUAAAAAUGUGAUUAAUAUUUUGUGUAAAAUAGUAGCAUUAAGUACCCAACUUGUGUGCUUAUGCCUUGAGGCAUAUUUAUAGGUCGUAUAUUUUCUAAAAAAUGUCACAGGGGUCAUCUCUAUCCAGUUGAGGACCCCUAGUACUAGGCCGAGGGUUCACAACAUUAUUAUCCACAUCACCAUUUUGAGCGCCUUCGUUACUCUCCUAGUAGUUUUCAUUAUGGUCAGAUUCACUGCUAGAAUAUCAAAACCACUAAGGAUUAAUUUGUCCAGUGUCACUGUCAGACAUUUUGAAAUUUUACGAUAUUACUAGCAACACACAAACCUAUUCCUUAAUACAAUAAAGGCUGGUAAAAAAUAAAUGAAGCCCGCAUUUAAAAUAAUUCCAGGCUGUGCAGGAAUUUGUAAAAAGCAAUCUGAUUAGCUGGUACGGAGACCGACCAGCCAAUCUCCAGCCUUGAAUUUUAUUCUAAUUUCACACCCCCUUUUACACGGCAUAGUUAUUAAAUCACGUUUCAAUUGAGACUAUUUCUGUAAACAAAACAAAAUACUACGUACCAAACGCACUGGCGGUUUUUAAGAGUCUCAUUUAGCGUAGUGAUCCCGAAUAUUAUUUUCCGAGCUUUUGAACUCACCAUUACACAUCACUUUCUUUCAAACAUUGAUAAUUUUAUUACUACAUAGCUUACCUAAAUUUAUUUCCAAGCUUUUUUUUAUAAUUCAAACACUUCAUUAGUGUUCAUGGGUUAGAGUAAUUGUAUGUACAUUGUAAAUAAAUGGUCAAAGUUGACCUCAUAUUAUCGUUCGUCCUUGACCUUUCCAGGCCGAGAAGAGAGAGGAUGUCAACCUCUUUGAGUUCAAAAUCCAGCUCAAAGAUUACAGCAUUGAUCCUUUCCAUAAUGUGACAGGCUUGUAUUUUAAGGUAAAUUGAACAUUUUUUUAGUGUACGCAAAGAAGCAUUUUUGUGUAUUUUUGAAUAUAGAUUUAUUUUGAUAAACAUUCCAUUUGUAAAAAAAAAAUAUAUAUAUUUUCCAUUAAGUCGCUCAUACACACCUUUAACAACCAUCCCUAGCUAGCAAAGCAGAAUUUUCUCAUUUGAAAUUUAAUUAAAGCUUUAGUAAACCUGAUUGGCCUGAUUACGCAAAUAGACUGCUUUGAACAUGUAUGUACAUAAUUUACUAGAAUAAAAUAACAAAGAGUGGCAUGUCUAGGGUUGGUGCCGUCGGGGAUGAUGUAAGAAAUUUUUCACCCCGUCUCCUAAAAAAAAAACAAAAAAAAAAACCAAAAAUAAAUAAAAAAAAAUAAAAAAAACAUAUCUUCUCUUGACCAGAAAUGCCUCCAUUCAAUAUAAAGAAAAUAGGUGCCACCCGGGAUGUACUGCCACAUCUGCCCACCAGACCCUUCUCUACGUCGCUCGGAACAACACCUAAAAUUUAAAUAAAUAUAAUUUAAAAAAAAUAUUUUUGUACUUCUAUUUGUAGCAAUUUGUAAAUAUUAAUAUUAUAAUAAAAUCAAAAACUUUUUUUUUUUACGUUGUCCAGCCGUGGCUCUGGUACACGACCAAAAGCCAACAUGGUCGCACACUGCUGAUGCUGUCCUUUCAUUACGACGUGCUGUCCAUGAACAUACUGACCAUUGGCGUUAAGAAGAUGGACAUUCUGGUGGUGGACACGCCGCUGGGUUGUUUUGGUGAGUUGGUCUUGUGGUGAAGGCGGCGCUUAUCUUGGGUGGGUAGUGACAAUGACAGAACGAGAUGUAGGGAAUACGCUUGUCAUCAUAAUGACAUGUAAAGUAUAAUGACAGGGAGGAGAUUCAUCGAUGACCUCUUGGUCCUAAUUCAACGGCUACUCAUCAAAGUUGUUUUGUUUUUUUUUAAAUUUCUCUCACGUUUAAAUAAUUUUAUAGAUCAACUGGAUACUUAUUUAAUUAUUUAAUAAUUAAAAGCUUUAAAAAACAGCUUUAUGGGACUUUUCAUGAACAGCAUCCUUAAUGAUAUAUUUCUUAAGAGUGAUAAAAUCCCAGAAUCUACAUAUAGUUGUUUUUAGAGUUAAAAGGAAAAACAAACAAAUUUCUCAAAAAAGCACCUCUUUUUGAAAGUAUAUGCUAAUUUUUUUUAAAAAUGGUUUGAGUUUGUGACCUUAAAAAAAUGAAAGGCUAAAAACAUUAAAACGUAUGUUUCCCAUCUUAUCAUAAUGUUUCAAUGGCUUUUUUUUCAGUGGUCUUGUAAUCCAGCAAAAACUCUGACAAAGUCUCUGACCAAAUAUUUCUCUGACCGAUUCUCGGUCACUUUCUCUGACCAAUUCUCUUACCAAUUCUCUGAUCGAUUUUCUGACACUUUAUCUGACCAAUCGUUUGACACAUUCUCUGACCGAUUGCAUAAUCUGACCAAUAAUCUGACCAAUUUCUGACCAAUUCUCUAACCCAUUCUCUGACAGUUUCUCUGACGAAUUCUCUGACUAAUCUCUGACCAAUCUCUGACCAGUUCUCAGAUCCAUUACCUGACAAAUUCUUGGUCCAAUUAUCUGACCAAUCUCUUGUCAGUUCUCUGAGCCAUUCUCUGACAGUUUCUCUGACCAAUCCUUUGACCAUACAUAUUUUUCAAAUGUUCUCAUUUACCAUUCGCGCCGUGUUCAACUUCCACCUGAUUUUAAAGACAAUUUUUUUUUUUAAAGUAAUUUUUAUUACAAGUUUUUUUCUUCUGAAAAGACAUAUCUAUGAUAACAUCCAAAAAUAAAUUCUGUCACAAAAUACAUCAUUUGAUUUUAUCCAUAAUGGCAUUAAAUCAUAACAUCCAUAAUGCCAUUUUAUCGUAGCAUUCCUGCUGAAAUUUUAUCAUAACAUCCCUGCGUCGUUUUAUCAUAACGUCCAUAAUGACAUUUCCUCUCAAACCAACCCUGAAAACGUCCAGGCAACUUAACAACUGCCCGGCAGGUCAACUCGAUCCGUAUGAUGCUGUUGAGCCGAGUGAUCAAAGACAAGAGCUCGUCCAGGUGGGUGCUGGCAUCUGACAGGCAAGCUAACGGGGUCAAGGGAGGCUAGAGAGGAGCCGUGUACCUUAGAUUGUGACACCAGUCGACUGGAGUUUGAGGCGAACGUUAAGCCCUGAGAUUGGAGGGCUUGUGUCUAAUUUCAAAAUUCUCAAAUACUCAAACAAAACUAUGACGCAUAUUUAAGAAAUCCCAAUAUUUAAAUAAUGACUUCAAAUCUAUAUAUACAUUUUAAUAAAUUAUUUUAUAUAUGUAUUUAAAAACAAUUUUAAAAAAAAGUUAUUAUUAUUAUUUUUUUUUUAAAUUUGGAAUUCUACCACCCAAUAAAAUGUAUUAAACUUGCCAAUGCAACUGUAAUAAAGUUUAAAGAUGUAUUAAUACGCAGAUAAUUCUCUAAAGAUAAAACUAUUCUUCUCCACCCCCUACCCUUCUACUCCAGGAUGUACAACUGUUGUCACCAUCUAUGUGUACAUACAAUAUAUAUGACGUGUGGUUUAUGAAAAAUUAGAAAAAUAUUUUAAUGUUCUGAAGGGUUGAAUGAUUGAUUGCCAAUAUUUUACGUUUGAAUGGUUGAUUGCCAAUGUAUCAGGGGGAAAUGAUUCAUUGACAAUAUUUUAGGGCUUCCAUUUAACUUCCAAAACUCAAAUGUUGAAUGAUUGGUUAUCGACAUUUCAGUGUUAAAUGAUUUGCGAAAUUUGUUGCCCAUGUGAGGGAUCUCGUAUAUUGGAGUUUGAGCACGAGAUAUCCUCUGUUGGGGGGCCAAAAUUAAAAAAAAAUAUUUCAGCUAAAAAUCAUGUUUCAAUAGAUCAAUGAAAUACGGUUAUUUUACAGUAUUUUACAUCAAUAUCAAAUUAUUUUUGCUUUUUAGUAGAAUGUGCUUAAUAUGUAUUUUGUAUUCGGAGCCAAAAAUCACAAGACGAAAUAUUCAAGGUCAAUACAAUUUCUUUUUCGUAUCUAUAAAAAAAAAACAACCUAUAUCAUAUCUACCUAUACCUAUAGCAUAGUAUUGUUUAUUGAAAACAGUCCGUCAUUAUUAUAACUUUUAAAUAACACAAAUAAAGAAUAAUGAUGUAUUUUCAGUAACAAUGGGGUUUUACACUUACGGUUUUUAUUGAUCUCAAACAACAAUGAUGAUAUUUGUAACCCAUUCCUGUAUCGAUAUCUAAUCAAAUUAUUAAUUUUCUUUUUUUUUUCAAAUUUGAAUCUAAAAAUCUUUUAGAAACAAAAUAAUGAAAUGAUGUAACAAGAAUAUAACAUUCAUAAAUUGCAGAGCCGUCGCUUUGGGCCCCUAAACCCCUGCGGUGGCAAAGGGCAUCGGAUAUUUUCUCCAAGAAACCUCUGCGAUGGUGUGGGGGGGACCGAUUUGUUCCCUCCCAUGUCCCAUGCGAUUUGGGGGGGGGGUGGCCAUCGGAUAUGUUAAGGACACACAGUAGCAAUGGUUAAAAAAUAAAAUAAUUAUUUACCUGGGGGCCUCGAAAAGUCGGGGGGACUCCAAAGGUCAGGGGGCCUACAUAUCGGAUAUGUUAAGGACACACAGUAGCAAUGGUUAAAAAAUGAAAUAAUUAUUUACCUGGGGGCCUCGAAAAGUCGGGGGGACUCCAAAGGUCAGGGGGCCUACAAAAGUCAUGAGACGGCUCUGAAAACAAGAAAUAUAUAUUCUAUUAUUGACACACAGUUCUUGAAAUCUUUUCUUUGCUUGUUUUAUCCCUAACUCAACUCUUAACUUCAUGACGUCAUAUUUAUUCAGAGCUUCUUUUAUUUUACAAUUUCUAGAAUUAAAAUUUUGGUUUCAUCUUUAAAAGCCAAAUAGAUAAGGGCCUUGGUGGCUAUUUCAUUCAAGGCGCCUUAAAAAUUGAUCAGCUGGAGUGUUAUAUAGGUUUACUGCCUCUGAAGUUCGUCGAAUUAUAACAUAAACUUGAGCAAUUAUGGGAAAUCAAGGUAGAUUAUUGAUUGAUAUCUAAAUAAAAUGUUUAAAGUGUUAGAUACAAAAUAUAGUAUAAACCAAAGUAGAUUUUGUUGGCCUGCGCGAAGACUUUUUGUAUGACGGGCAAUGGGUCGAUGGGUCAUGGAUUUCUUCUUUGAUUUAACACAUUAAUAAUUUUUUUAAAAUGAUUUACUUUACUAACAUUUUUUUUUUUUAAAGUUAACCCUUAUCUUGGAAAUCUGAGUCAUUCUAUUGGUGGAGUGAAAGUAAACGACAUCAGACUCUUUUUGUCAGUCUAUUGGUGGAGUGUGUGUAGAUGACAUCAGAAUCUUUCUGUGACAUCCAGACAAGAAAAGAUAAAAUUAGAUUUUGAGGGAUUCUAUUUCACUUUAUUGUCCCCGAAUAAUGGAAACUAAUGUUGAUGUCACCGUCAUUACCAACUUCAAAAUAAAAUCCUUUCUGAUUACACAACCACGGAUUUAAGUUAGUUAACUCUAACUACGAUGGUUCGCACAUGAUACUAAGAUAACAUUACAGUCCAGUUUGAGUAGAACUCACUUUUAGCACAACAUACAAGGCAAAAACUAAGGUACAGUUUUGCCAAAAAAGCUCUCCUCCCAAUAGAUCUACGUUAAUUCCUUGGCCGGUGUGACAGCAAUGCCUCACGUCAAAUGUUAUUUUUUUUUACUGUUUGAGUGUUCUGUAUCAAUGUAGCCUACUACUAAUACUUGGUGACGCUGGAGUAUCGUGAGUGUUAAACACACAAAGAGUAAGCAGGUAUCCUAACAACUGUGGGCGCCUCUAUUGAGAUGACCACACAUCUUUAAAUUGUAUGGUUUUUUACCUUCACUUUUUUUUUAAAGUAAUGAUUUAUUAAAGUAUUACACAUGUGUAUACGUAAAUGGAAUGGUUUUUAUCUUGUAUAUCUUUUAUAUGUUGAUGUUGGCAAGUCCAGUGUUACAACACAUUCAACCAUGUGAUUUGUGCCUUGUGGGAUACCUGCUACUUUGCUUUCAUUUUAAUUAACAUUAAAUAACAAGUCAUUUUUUUAAAAAUAUUAUAUCAAAACGACUCUAAUAUAUAAAUACUUUUUUUUGCUUAAAAAGGAAUAACAUUUCUUUUAAUUAUGAGAUUAUCAUUUUGAAACUUUGAACAUUAAUCUUUAUUUUAAAUAAAGAAAACACGUUUAAUUAAAAAAAAACAUAGAGAUGUGUAUAUAUCAAAUAUAACCUCUUUAACGUAGUUACCAUUCAUGUAACUUCAAACAGCCUAAGGUUUCAGUUAAAAGAGUUUACAAUUUAAAAAUAUAUACAUAUACAUGUAAGAUUUGACCAUGAAGACAUAGACAUUAAGUAUGUCUCUUAACGUUAGCAGCCGAUUUAAGGUUGAUUUCCUGUUGAUUUAGAACGGGGUGGAGGUAAAAAAUUGAAAUAAUAAGUAAAAAUAAAACCAAUAAAUUAUCCCGGAACAUUGGUGAUGGGGCCAAAUAAUGUUUCUUUGAAUGACUAUUGACUAGGUUUGGCGUCUAUUGAACUCUCAGCCCAACCUGACAGCUACGUUGCUCAAAACAAUGCUGUGCCACUAACCCAGCGGCUUUUCAAAUGAGCUUUUACUUUAAACACACUACUAUUCAGAUUUAUAUAUAUUAAAACACUACUAUUCAGAUUUCAUUAUCAACACAAUACUCUUCAGAUUGUAUGCAGCAUCAGUAGAGACCAGAACAAAUGUCCCCUCCGAGCUCCUGUUUUUCGAUAUUUCUUCAUUGAUUUGUAAAUUAAUUGUAUGCUAAAGAACGUGAAUAAUUUAGAAAGUUCAAGGCUAAAACAAUUUUAACAUAAUCUGUACAGGGAGGAGUUUGCGUGUAACCAGGAGAUUCUCAACAAGGCCGGCAAUGCAGACUUCGUGUACAACUGCUGCUACAAAGAUGCCACGGGCAAUUUGGUGUGUUCCACGAAAGGGGAUGACUUCUGGAUCAACAUUCUAUAUCUGGCCAUUACGUCAGUUAAGGUGAAAGAUAAAUACUUGUAUUAAUAUGUUUAAAAUUAAUUUCUAGUCAGUCUAGACGACUUACACCCGAAGAUAUUGGGUUGUUGAUGCUAUCGUUUUCUUCUAAUUCUUUGCUUUUUUUUUUAACUGCCAGUCAGCGGUGUAGUAGGUUAAGAGACGCCCGGGGCGGGUCGAUAAUUUUAACGCCCCUUCUCAUCGAAAAAAAACUAUGCAGUUGCCGAAAAAUGCCGCAGCUCCAGAUAGUGGACCGCCUCUCUACAACCACUCGCUAUGCCCCAUCUCCAAGUGGAGCAUAGACCAUUAACAAUAUAUGUCCACGCUAUACGGCCUCUUGCUAUCUGCUCUAACACUCUACGGCUCUUUCCGAUCUUAAAGUACAUCAUUGUCUACUUUCCGAUCUUAAAGUAGAUCCUUGUCUACUUUCCGAUCUUAAAGUAGAUCCUUGUCUACUUUCCGAUCUUAAAGUAGAUCCUUGUCUACUUUCCGAUCUUAAAGUACAUCCUUGUCUACUUUCUGAUCUUAAAGUAUAUCCAUGUCCACUUUCCGAUCUUCCCCGUCUCUUGACCGUUGAGGGUUCCAUACCAGGGCUUGCCUCUUUAUAGUUUUUUAUCGGUUUCCUUAACCAUCGCUACCUCGUUUGCAGAAUGUAUCCCUCCUCUUAAAUGUGGGCUAUCAUCACCCUCACUGCUUUCUUUUGGACUCUGUCAAAGUAUUUGAUAAUAAGUACUCUGUGCUGUCGUCUGUUCACGUAGGCUUGAACUCAUUUUUUACUAUCUUUUUUUUUGUUGACCAGAUGCCAUCUGAACCACAAAACGGAACAAAAUAAACAUUUAACUUCUUUUUUUUUCUCUCAUUGGCCUAACAUUCCCAAAGUUUUAACUAAAGCCAAACAUCCUCUUGCACUGUGUGCUCUUUAUUAUUAUCUGCCUCAGAUACAGCAUCCUAAUUCACUAUACUUCAAAUACAGGUAACAUUAUCUAUUUCUCAUAUUACAUUCCUAUUGACAGAGCAACGACAAAGCUGGUUGCAUUUUUUCUUAUUAAUUUUCAUUUCUUUUCAUUAAUUUUAUUGUAGGCGAUUUUUGUUAUUUGAUCAAACUAUAUUUCCUUCCAUUUUUGAAUAUCGUUAACUUUCUCGCCAUAACACACAAGUUUUGGUAAAACUAAAUUUAGUGGGGAUUUCUUUUUCAGAUCCUCAUGUUUCUCUUCUGCCCCAAAUUCUUACCCAACAACGUCUAUAGUGCCGCCUAUGUGGCGUCCGAAUACGUCAUCAGUUUAAAGAAAGCCAUCAAGAUGAAGCUGUUCAUUUCUGAGCAGGUAAGUGCACAUUUGUUGACAUCUGUAGUUUGACCUCUGCAGUUUGUCUUAAAUCAAGGGUGCUCUGUGACGGGCGCUGUCCUUGUCCUCACUGCUGACACCAGUUUUAAACGUCUGUUAUUUCCUCUUUAACGAAUUUAAGACGUAAUUUAGUUUUGUUAUGACAGUGUUAGAAUAUUUGUGGUAUCUUACAAAUCAUAAAAUUAGUUUAUUUUGCUAUGACCUGAUUUAAACUUCGAUAUUUUUCUUAAUUUAUCUUUAAAAUUUGAAUUUCCAAGUGCCAAAAAAUUAAGUUUUUUUUGUGUUGUUGUUGCCCAUAACCGAUCGAUACACUAUUCCACAAUCAUCUGGCAUCCAUCUCCCUCACUGGGUGCCUGGUGAGAGAGUGAUCUAUACUGAGUCAAUCCAAAGCUAGCAGACUCGAGUUCAAUUCACAAAAUAAACACAAAACUUCACCAGCAGCCCGGGUGGAUGGGACUCGUUAACCCUGGGUUGCUUUCCAUGACAUUGAGAUGCUUAGACAUUGACAUGAUGAAAAUUUCGACAACCAGUGAGACUUAAAUCGCACAAAGAGCACAGUGUAACAAACAAGACACACUUCUGGUCAUUUAUUGCAUCCUGGUCAAUAUCCAGUCAAUUUGACUUAGUCUUGCCAUUGGAUCGGGUGGGCAAGGACGCGAGAGUGAGGCUGAUGAAUUGAACAACUCUCCCUCACUCAAAACAAAAUACAGCUCAAGUCAAAAAUAGUCCUGGUCAACUACGCGCGUAGGACGAACAAUAAUAAUCUCCAUCAGUCAGAUUUAAAACUGAUUUUCAAACUAAAAAAAAAAAACUCUUAAAAAGUGCUUCUGCAAAGUGAUGGCUAUUUUCAUUAAAAUAAUGUCCGAGCAUGUUUUACCACCUCCUUGUUUCUUUCAGAAUGACUCCAACGUGCGGUUCAAGAAGAGACUAACACUGGAGCAGAUCUCAAACUGGCCGAGGCUACGAGACUCGCUAGAAACACUUCCAUUUGAUGAAAUCAUCCCCGUGAAGAUCGAUGAGCUUAGAGUCAAAGUAUGAUAGCUUGAGAACUGAUCCGUUCCUGUGAUGAGCUGUGCAUAUCAUUAUUACAAAAAAAAAAAAAAGAUAUCUUUUGUCAAAUUGUGUUUGUAAAGUUUUGUUUGAAUCAGUGGAAAAUUCAUUUUUAUCUCAAUUGACUUUUUUUUUUAUAGCUUGAGAACUGAUCCGUUCCUGUGAUGAGCUGUGCAUAUCAUUAUUACAAAAAAAAAAAAAAAGAUAUCUUUUGUCAAAUUGUGUUUGUAAAGUUUUGUUUGAAUCAGUGGAAAAUUCAUUUUUAACUCAAUUGACUUUUUUUUUUAUACCACCCCUUUUCCAGUCAUCUGUUUUAUUUUUGAAUCUUUAAGCAAAUUUUUAUAAAUAUUUAUAUUUAUAUAUAUAAUAAAUAAUAAUUUACACAGGUGUCUCAGGAUUUUAAAAAUGGUUGAAACCUGAACUAAAGUGGUUGCUAGCAGUGGCGUGGCUAGGGUUGAUGUCACCAAGUGUGGUCCGCACCCCGCCCCCGCACCCCCCCUUGCUACGCCACUGGCUGAUAGGCGUUCACGCGUUGAUUUUUGGUCUAUAAAUAAAUGCCGUACGGAACUUGACCUGAGAAACAAAAUACACGUUUAUCUACAGGUGCAAGGCAAACGAAUUAUUCCUGAAAAUGACCCACCCACUGGGCUCAUGAGGACCAUCUACGACAACCUCAUCCGAUGCAAGAUAAAAAAUCUUGACCCAUUCCAGGACUGCUGUGAAACCAGCAUCUUCGCCAGCAUGGAGCCUAAGUUUAGGCACAAAAUUACCUGGCAUAAAUUUGUACAGGUAGGUCACUGCAGUAACAUACCACGGGCUGAGUUCUGAAUCAUGUUUCUUUUUUUUCCCACAUGAGGAUUUUAUCAAAAUACACCUAAUAUAUUCAUAACUAAAUUAGCUUAGCUACAUUUAAUGUGAUAUUUUUACUUUUCUUAUUUUGGCAACUACACUUCGGGAAUUUCUUUGUUGGCUAAGGCUUAAUGUUUCCUUUUGUAAACCUUGCUAUUCAACAAUGUAGCUAACAUAUAUUGAAUUGACUGGGCAUUUUUUUUAUUAAUUCUGUUUCGAAAAAAACAUCAUCUAUUUUAAAAAAUAAAUAAGGAAAGGAAUGAAGAGGUGAAUUAACUAUGUAAUGAAAUAACAUACGCAUGUAUAUAUUUUAAAAUUGAGACUUAAAAAGGGACUUAAAUCUGUUUAUUGAUCAAAGCAUUGCAAUUACCCCCCUUUAAAAAAUUACAUUAAUAAAUUGUAUUUGGCAUUUAAACUAAAGCUUUUGUUUAUGCAAUGACCAAAUGACGUAGUUAACUUGGUUUUAGUUAUGAGCUUGUCUACGUCAGCCUACUUACUGGUUGUGAGCAAGUUAAAUCAAACCUAAAACUAUCUUCAUUAUUCAGAUUAAUGCUUGCAACAGCUUGAGUUGAUGCCCUAUAUUUUUUAAAGCUAGCCAUCUAUUACAAUUUGAUAAGACCCUAAAUGAUAUAAUAUAAUUAAUUGCACACUACCUCCUGUGUUGUCACUGUGAUACCCCUGUGUGUAACUGUGCUCCAUGUGUGCUUACCCUGUUGGGGGUCCUGUGCUCUAAAUGUCCUUACCUUGUAGAUGGUUCUCUGCUCUACAUGUCCCUUCUCCGUGGGUGGUUCUGAUUAUGUGUGUGUGUGGGAGGGGGUGGGUGAUUUAUGUGCUUUAAAUAUUCUGUUCUUUUGGGUGGUACUUUGCCCGGCUUGUGGUUGGUCUUUGCCCGGCUUGUUGUUGGUCUUUGCCCGCCUUGUGGGUGGUCCUGUGAUGGUCUUGUGGGAUAUACUGUGCUGGAUUUUGUGCUUAGUGAAUCUACGCUACAUCAUUCAUACAGACAAAACAUUUAUUUCCUUCAUAUAAUUUGUAUUGGACGGUUUCAUUCUUAUAAUAAUAUGUUUUGAACUGGUAAUAUAAAAUUACUUUUAACUGGUUAUAUCAUAUACCUCUUGACUGAAUGCAUUUAUCAUUGUUCUAUUGAUGACCCUGCAGAUGUUCAUCAAGACAUUGAUGCUCAUCCUCAUCCCCAUCCCGUACUACAUUCGACUCAUCAUCUACUUCGUGUUCGAGGAGGAGGAGAUCACGAUGAGGCGUGCGGCCAUGGAGAGGAACGACCUCACCGAGUCCUUCAACCUGUACAGGACCAACGUCAUCCAGUACUUCACUCCCUCCCACGGGGUCUUCAUCGCGACCUACGUCUUUUACUUCCUCAUCGGACUCGUCAUCGGCUUCACCGAUCAGACGUUCAGGGAAAAGCUCAAAGGAAUAUGUCGCUGCUCGCUUCAGGACAUGAACGCCGUGUCGGAGACGGGCGUCUUGGGGAUCAUCAUCCGGGUUCUUCUGUUUCCCUUCAAACGCUGCGGACUUCUGGGGUUUCUAAUCGGCCCGGUGUAUUUUGUGAUUGUCAUGCCGGCGUGCGCGUUAGUGUUUGUGGUCUACUGCGUCCCGACGGUGUAUCUGUCGUUCAGACUUCCGUACCACGCCAAAAAACUCGCCAACCAAUCGGCGGCGGUUUCCGAUGAGGAGAAGAAGAAGAGGAUCGUUCGGUUGCAGAAAAUCGGCAAGAAGUUGUCCAAGAUCGACAAGUCGGCCCAUCUCGGGGAGAUGACCCAGACGGCCGACAACUACUGCUGCCCUGACGAGUGGGGUUUCCGCGGGUGCGUCACUGUCAAGAGCGUGCUGCUGCAGGUUGUCACCGCGGUGUUCUGCUUGUGUAUCCUCUACUCCGUGGCGUUGGUGUUCUCAGAGUCGAUUGGAUUGUUCGUUGAGGUGAGUGGCAUGUUUAUAGUGGCAUUUGAUAGUGAGUGGCAUGUCACAGUUAUAGGUGCAUUUGGCCAUGAGGGGCAUGUCAAAGUUAUAUUUGCAUUUGACAGUGAGGGACAUUUCAUAGUGAAAAUUUCAUUUUAUAGUGAGGGGCAUGUCAUAGUGAUAGUGGUAUUUGACAGUGAGUGGCAUGUCACAGUGAUAGGCGCAUUUGGCCAUAAGGGGCAUGUCAAAGUUAUAAUGGCAUUUGACAGUGAGGGACAUGUCAUAGUGAUAGUUGCAUUUGACCGUGAGGGGCAUGUCAGUGGUAGUGGCAAUCGACAGUGAGUGGCAUAAAAUAGUGAUAGUGGCAUUUGACAGUGAGGGACAUAUCAUAGUGAUAGUGGCAUUUCACAUUUAGUGGUAUUUCAUUGUGAGUAGUAUUCGUUUUGAUAAGGGCGCCUUGUUAAAAAAAGUCCAAGCGUUAAGCUAGAGCGAAAUAACCAUUGUUUUAAAUGUGGUGAAAAAUAAUAUGUUGCUGGUUCAUAGGAUCGCUUGUGACCACUAAUUUCUGUUAUCAGUCAAAGUCCAAGUCAAAUUCAAAUCAAAAUCAAAGUCAUGUUCUUAACCACACACAAAAAAUGAACUAAUGCCCUUCUUUCUAUGAUUUUUGCUUUGUUUGAAAUGGGGUAAAUUGUUCCAGAACAUUGAAGAGCUCAGUCGCACCUCGCAUUCCCGGUCAAUAGAAAGUUGAAACUCAUUCCGAAAACCAGCAUGAUCUUGUCAGCAUGGUGUUUUAGUUAGCAAUAAAGAGUAUUUCAUUGUUUGCAAAGCAGAUCUUUUAAGAUCUAUGUUAAUAAGUAUUCUUCUUGAAAAUAGUUUAUUCCCGAAAAGUUUAGGUCAGCAAUAAAUCUUGUCUACCACUUUCUUUUGCAGUGUAUCCUUCUCAGUCAAUCUCAUUCUAGUAUUCGUAAAUCCCUUCACCAGUUGUGUAGUCCUAAAUUUCCGUUAUCUUAUGUCCCAGGCAUUUAUAUAGAAAUGUAUGCUGCCAGAAAAUGCUAAAAUAUUGACCAUCAAUUUAUUUUAUAGUUAAAAAAAAUUAUUUUAAUAAUGACUUGAUAGCGUUUAAGUAGGUGAUUUGAAGUGUAUUACUCAACAUAUAACAUAUAAUAAAUUAAAAAUUGUAUCCCAUAAUCUUGCAUCAAAGUGAUGAAAUAUUUUUAUUACAAAAACUGUUUGGUAUGAGCAGUGACAGAGACAAAUAUCUCUACAUUUCAAUCUCACUUAAAGACGUUACGAUUCUGAUAAACUAAGCAUCGCAGUCCUUCAAGUUUCUAAUAAUCUAUAUAUCAGUCUUUAAUGUUACUUGCCAUCUAACAUCUCAGAAUUUCUAGUUUCGUAUCAUCUAACAUCUGACUCCAUCUAGUUUCUGAUCAGCUAACAUUUCAAUCCUCCUAGUUUCUGACCAUCUAACAUCUCAAUGCUUCUUGUUUCGUAUCAUCUAACAUCUCACUCCAUCUAGUUUCUGAUCAGCUAACAUUUCAAUCCUCCUAGUUUCUGACCAUCUAACAUCUCAAUCCUUCUUGUUUCGUAUCAUCUAACAUCUCACUCCAUCUAGUUUCUGAUCAGCUAACAUUUCAAUCCUCCUAGUUUCUGACCAUCUAACAUCUCAAUCCUUCUUGUUUCGUAUCAUCUAACAUCUCACUCCAUCUAGUUUCUGAUCAGCUAACAUUUCAAUCCUCCUAGUUUCUGACCAUCUAACAUCUCAAUCCUUCUCGUUUCGUAUCAUCUAACAUCUCACUCCAUCUAGUUUCUGAUCAGCUAACAUUUCAAUCCUCCUAGUUUCUGACCAUCUAACAUCUCAAUCCUUCUUGUUUCGUAUCAUCUAACAUCUCACUCCAUCUAGUUUCUGAUCAACUAACAUUUCAAUUCUUCUAGUUUCUGACCUUCUAACAUCUCAAUCCUUAUUGUUUCUUAUCAUCUAACAUCUCACUCCAUCUAGUUUCUGAUCAGUUAACACCUCAGUCCUUCUGAUGGCAGGUGAUGGCGUUCACCAUGAUGGGGAUCAUCGUCAAUGCCGGCUCCGUCCUCAAGUACGUCUCGAUGGUGUUGCUCGUGUUCGUGUACAUGAACGACUGCUACAGCAACGUCUACGAGAACUACCUGACCUUCAACAAGACCAUCAUCGACGAGAUUAUAGAGAGGACGACGACCGACCUUAGGAAGAUCGCCAGCAUGCCGUCCAGCGAACAAGCCAACACGGCCUUCCAGGUAUUUAUUACUGGUAUCAGAUUCUGAAUACAUUUUCGAUUCAGGACCUAAGGUAAAUGAUCCAAAUAACAUUCGGAGACUUACUGGAUGUUAUCAGAACAAUGACGAAAUGUUGGGCCGAAGUCUCUUUUUAUUCAAACAACUCCCAAACGUUUAAUUUGUACCUACCACCAACCCUAAAACCAAAAUGGAUCAUACAAUGAAGGACUGCAUUCAAACUGUGUGAAGGAAAUAUUUGAACACGGUAUGUGGAGGCUUGAAUCGAAAGACAGAACAAAAAGAGAAGAGAAGUUCGACUUCCGGCAAUAACGAUGGCGUACACUUUAAGUUUUUUAAACACCUUUCUAUUUCUUGUCGUUUUUUUUUUUUUCAUUCAUCCUGCUUGCUGAGGAAUGCUCUUAGCAGAAACGUUCUUCUUUUGCUUCGACCCAACUUAGCACUUGACGCAUUUGACGAUACUGCUGACAUUGUUAUGACCGAAGCCACAACUCUUUUUGUAUCAGGUCCGAUGUGUUGACGAGGCCAAAGAAAAGCCGCCAUCGCUCAACUUCCAGAAGAAGGAGAUCCGGUGGAAGAUUGGCCAGCUGUUGCUCUUUUUGGACUGCUACGACACACCAAGGAUACCGCUUAGGUUGUUCCAGAAACUGUGUCAGGUAAGCGGUCCUGUGCGUGACGUUCACAAUGUCAGAACUAACCGAAAAUACAAAUAAAAGAAAUAUUUUUUAAUGAUUUUGUCAUGAUAUCAUUUCUGCUCAGGUUGUAUAUUUCUUAAUUUCAUCAAACACUUUGCAUAAUAUUGGAUGCUAAGAAAGACAUUAAAAAAUGUGCAAACCUCAAAAAAUGUCAUUGACAGACCUUCAUCCCAGUGAAUCGAACACUUACAAAUUAUGUAACAACAAGUUGAACGUUAUUAUUCUCGUAUUAAAAUAAUCUAACCAAUAAUGGUAAAAUAUGGAAAAUGAUUAACUGAUUGACAAUGGCGCUUUAACAUGUGUUGAUUUCCAUGUUGUUUUCAAUUUGCCUUUACAGACCUCUUCAGAUUAAAUAUAUUUUUUUCCUAACCGUCGAGUACAUUAGGGAGUAGUCUUACUUCUAGGAUAAAAAAAUUCCAAUAAAUCACAAUGAAGAAUUUAUCUAUUGUUUGGAAUAUGUUAGGUUUCAUAAAAAAAAAAACAAAAAAAAAAUUAAAUCAAAGUUUAGCAUUCUUAUAUAAUAUACCAAACUUGACAUUUGUUUGUACCUUUCAUCAAAUGACAGGUGCGAGUUCACGGAGCACCUGGUCCAGUCUAUAUCAAUCUAUUAGCCGCCACAGGAAAAUUUAUGAUCAUUGUUGUAUUUCUAAUGUUCGUCAUGAUUGUUGUGAUGGCUUUCGGGAAUGUCUAUGCCGUAAGUUGAGACUGCGUUCUGUGGAUACAUAGUUUUAUUGAGCAGCUUCUAUACGGUUUACAGUCAUAAAUAGCUUUAAAUAGAACCAGAUUGUGAUGGAAAAUCUAUUUUAGAAAACGUAUCCAUAAAACAAAGGAAAAUAAAUGAAGGGCUGCGUUCAAUCUGUGUGUAAGAAGUAGCAGAAUCAGAUAUGUGGAAGAUUGAAAUAGCAAGACAGGACAUUGAAUGAAGAACUUCUCGGCCAAGAGCCUUCCUCAGCAGACAGGACAAAUAAAAAAUGUAGUUUUUUUUUUUUUCAUUUGUCCUGUCCGCUGAAGAAGUUCUCUAGGCCGACACGUUCCUCAUUUAUUGCACCGUCUUUGUACUCAAGCUUCCAUUAAGCAAUUAUAUGAAUAUUUUUCAUGACAACAUGUUAUGAAGACACAUACUUUUAAAUAAAGGGCGUGGUCCGAAUGAUGAGAAUAAAAAGUAACUGUAUUCCCAGUAAAAAAAAAAAAAAAAAUAUUUUACAAGUAUGCAUUAAUUUAAAAAAUAAUAUACUUAUUUCAAUCUAUUUUUUCAGAUGUUGUACACCAACACGACUUAUGAAUAUUUUUCAUGACAACAUGUUAUGAAGACACAUACUUUUAAAUAAAGGGCGUGGUCCGAAUGAUGAGAAUAAAAAGUAACUGUAUUCCCAGUAAAAAAAAAAAAAAAAAAAUAUUUUACAAGUAUGCAUUAAUUUAAAAAAUAAUAUACUUAUUUCAAUCUGUUUUUUCAGAUGUCGUCCACCAACACGACCUUGGCGACAUUGGCGGGCGGUUUCGUCCCGAUGUUGUUGAAAAACGUGCUCUCGUCCAAAGGCACGAGGCUUAGCCUGAAGACGGUCAGCUUCAAAGGUCAGAUCGAUGAGAUCAUCGAAGAGUACAAACAGUACUGGCCAGUCGUUGACCUGCAGGUACAAAAGUAUGACCCCAACGCGGAAGUGGACGAGGAUAAAGACGAUGAUGAUAAGGACGGCGGAGGGGGAAAGCCGAAUUCGAAUUCAACAAAGAAAGACGAUGAUGGCAGAAACAAAGAUGGAGAGAAGGGGGAAAAUAAAAGAACCAAGGACGGAAACGUUCCAAAUGAAACCGUUAAAAAGAAUGAUGAUGUCAAAGGCAACGGUGAUAGCCCGUCACCAGAUUCGGGUCACUUGACACCGGAUGAGGACGAGAAUCUCGUCGACCUGUUCAUAGAUCUCAGCGUGGCCGACACGGCCGGGUGGUCAAUUUAUGGGUCGAUGGACAGCAUGCCUCAAGAUUCUGAGACAAUCAUGCCAGGUUACUUUGACCCCAAUAAGAUCACCGACGACGACGAUCUGAACAUGAGUUUCCACGUAGCAUCCGAGCCCUUGAAUCACCAGCGGUCGUCGCGGGCACCGACCACGCUACAGACUUCGGCUAAUAAUAACCAGAAUGUAAGAUCGGCUAACGAGUCUGGCAACGACAGAGCGAGAUUGAGCCCGCUACAACCGCAGGUGCCACUGGUUGUCAUGUAUGCGCACGCCGACUGAAUUGUAAUGCAUCCACACACACCGACUAAAGUCCAUUGAAUUCAAACACCGACCGAAGUCCAUUGUAUGCACACAGCGUCUCAAGUUUAGUAUAUGCACACAACGACUGAAAUCCAGUGCAUGCACAUACCGACUGUAGUUCAAGCAUGCAUGCACACACUGACUUAAGUACAAUGCAUUGGCAUAUACCGACUGAGACCCUGAACUAGCUACACCUGCAAAGUAUCACUUUGCCUGAACGAUAUAGUAAUCACCAAAAGAGUGUCAUGCAUUGCCGAUUCACCAUGAGGCAUGUAUUUACCCAUAUUUAGCCAUGGUUGACUCCACGUGAAGCUCCCACCCAAUUUUUGGCAUUAUUACGGUCAUAUUGACUGCAUACUUUCGAGAUCAAUGAUGUGGACUCUACUCCCUGUUUUGAUAAGUAAAGUUUCAGGCGGAGUGUUAUAGAUUUAGCGUAACAUAUUUUUUUUAAAAACAUAUUGUGGAAAGAAAAGGUUUUGAAUCCAAAAGCAUAUUUUUAAUACUUCUGCCCUAAGUGACGUGUGUCAUUUACGUAAAUCAAAUAAAAAACAAAGAACGAACCUUGAGGGAUACAAAAAAAAAGUUUGGUGGACAAACUGGCAAGUCAGUUGUCAUUGUUUACGCUCACAGCCAUGGCCCUGUCGAGGACUAUGACGCACCUGGCAACAAACAGCAUCUGAGCCCUUGCGUGUUUUGCACCUUUUCAAAAUCAUUCAUCCGUGACUACCUCCUUGCCCUGUUUCAAAAUUGAGAUACAACCAUGUAUUAAAUUGAUUUGUAAAAACAAAACCAAAAACAUCUGGAUUGGAUGAAUUAAAAAGUUUAAUUUUAAAUGUUUACCUGCAAUAAUGUGUAACUUACACCUGAUAUAAAAAUAUAGUUAAGUUUAUAUUGACAAGUUUAAAAAAAUAUGCAGUAUUAAACAGAGGCUAAUACGUCUA